GAAUGCGCUUUUGUCGCUCGGAGGGGGUGGAGUUAGAAAGUGAACGAGUGCUGCCUACCAAACAGAGAGAGGAGGAGAAGGAGGAGAGGAAGAGAGAGGAGAGAGACGGGUGGGCAGGCUGCUCACCGUAAACGAUGGUCUUGGGAUAGAGUGUCUUGGAAGACCUCAUGAAACUGGCCGGUUGAAUUGUAGCGAUUAUUGAUCCCGGCGUGCUUUGCAUCCCACGGAUCUUUGGAAGGAAGGAAAGACCUGCAACAAACAGCAGCAGCAGCAGCGCGUUGAAUGAACACUUGAAAAAGAGGACUUGCUUUUUAUUCAUUAUUUUUCACAUUUUUUGUACAGUUUAUUUGCUCCCAUUGAGCAACUCUUUCCCAGUGGUGAGGGCCCUUUCAUGCCCGGAGGUAGACCGACCCCACUCUUGGACCCGAUACCGGCCCCCUGCACUCCUCUGGCGGGCUCAAGCGCAGCACUUCCCGGUGAGAAGAGAGGACUCCCAGAAAGACCCUUGUUGGAUUUGUGCGGGAGGGAACAAGGGGAGGGUGAGGGGUACGCAGCUUGUGGUUUAUGGGGGGGAAGUAGGGACCUCGGUAACUUAACCCCACAAUAGACUCAGAGUUUUACAACACUUAUUAACCACAAAGAGUCGUCUAGUCUUUGUAUCGUUUGUAUUGUUUGUAUGCAGGCUUGAAGCUUUUUGCCCUUCCCCUCUCUCUCGUCUGUCUGGUAGGCAUUUGCUGGGAUGUUUGAGUCGCGUUGUUUGGUGGGGUGAAGGGACCGAGAGAGUGGCCGGAAAAAAGAGAGAGACCCCGAGGGACGGAGGGCCGAGAAAGGAGCCGGGAGCAUGGCUCUGGUGGUGCUGUCUCUCUGGGCGCUAACGAGUCUCACCUGGGCGGACCUGAGCCAGGUGUCAGCCAACAGGCAUUCCGUGUACUGGAACAGCUCCAACAUACAGUAAGACCCCCACUCCUCCUGUGUUUCAGCGUGUGAAGAUGUGCCUUUUUCCUUUGAUCUCUCUAUCCUCCACCUGUUAAAGGGGCUGGAAAUGCCCCUAAUCCCCCAGCUUUGGUUCACUCGUAGUUUUUAUGUGAUUAAUGCAGUUUUAACCCAAACUUGGAGUAUAUUUCACUGUUUAGGAAUUAUAUAUAUCUGCUAAAACUAUUCAAAAAUGGCCUCUCAUGUUGCUCCGUAGGGUAAAGCUAUUUUGAGUCUGCCCUGUCAGACCCCUGCUGUGCAGUCAAGGUGGCUUCAAACCAUCUUUUCAACACCUCCACUUGCACAACAUGCAGGACAUAUUGAGUUUCAGCUCCCCGGUCAAACGUGAAUCCAUGUAAUUACUUCCCAUUGUUUCUUUUGCGUACCUUUGCACUAUAUAUUUUCAAGAAUUAGAAAGAAACAGGAUAGAGAAUCACAUGUGAUUCCUCACUGUCCUCCCUCCUCUCUCUCUCUGUCAUGUAACUCGUCCCUCUCAGUCUUUCUCUGUCUUCUCCUCUAUCUGGUUCAAUUAGGAGCACUUCUUCAUCCUGACCCCAUUGUGUUGGAGCAGUGUCACUAUUCAAUCUCUCCUUUGCGCUCCCUCUCCAGCUUGCUCUCUCCUUCUAUCCCUCUCUAACCCCCUUUCUUGUUUACACUCAGUCCGUUGGCCUUUUUGUUAUCCUCCUAAUCCCUCGCUUCUCACCCCAUCUUGAUUCAAGUGAAAGCUUUUUUUUUUCUCUUCUCUUUUAAUACUGUCCUCCUAAGUCCAUAGCUCUGCUGCUGGAUUCUUAGGAGUGAAGCAUCACUCUGCAGCAGCACUCUGUAGGUUUAUCUGUCUCCUUACAACCCCAGUGAAAUCCUCUAAAUUUAUGUUUUAUUAGCCGGGUUUCAUCAUGGCUUGAAAUACGCAUUAACUCACUUUCUUCUCAGUCCAAAAUAUGAAUAAAAAGCAGUGCUAAUUUGCCACUGAAUAACACAUUUGGAAUGAAAUAUUUCCUAAUUUUAAACAUUUUAUUCUAGUAUGCAAUCAGUAAGUUGUGCCACCCAAUCAAACGCAAUUGAAUGAAAAAUUCAACGAUCAAACUAAAUUGAAAAUGAUGAAGUACCCUUGAGCGCAUGUCACACUCCUUCCUAUUUUCUCUCCAUGUUGCAGGGAAUCCUGUCUGCUUUAUUUCGGGUACUAGAGGCUUCUCAAAAGACUUGUGCUUCUGGUAUUUACCUCUUUGGGAGGAUUUAGUGGUCCCCUAAGAAGUGUAGUCUGAUAUAAAGCGGCACCGAUUUUACGACUGCUUUUAUUAAAGACGUAAACUACAGGAAAAGUCAGAAAAAUACAGUUAUUUUUGCAGGAGGAUUGAUGAUUCAUUUUCCGGCAGUGAUUUUAGUUUACGGCUUGAAAUAAAACUACGAAAGGCGAGCGAAUAUAUUCCUCUCAAAAGAAUAAGUAAACAUGAUGUUAAAUAAUAGCAGCCGAAAACAUAAGGUUAUUGGAUGUUGUACAAGACUGUAAACAAUAUUAGUUUUCUGGAAUAUGAGGAAAUCAUUUCCACACACUGCUGAAAAACUAAUACUGCAUGCACAGUUACAGCUAAUGCAUUUUAGCUGUAAUUUCUCUACAACUCUCACUUUGGAGAGUGCUCAUUUUCAAUUUCUUUGCUUUUUUGCUUUGUAAUAAUUCAGUAAUGAAUGCUAAUGAAAUUCUACCUUGGGUUUUCAUAUCACAGACAGAAGUUGAUUUGGAUAAAUUGUGGAGAAACUGCUUGAAGGCAUAAAGGCGAAGAAAAGGGGUGAACUUGUGCCCCUUGGUACAAUGACUUUAACAUAACACGAGUAUUUUUAACCUUGGAAAAACGAAGCUUCACAGAGUGAUUUAUCAGCUCCUUUUAGAGAUAUUCGGACUGUUUAUUGUUCAGUUGGAAAAGGAGAAAGCUGCUGUUGGCUUUUGGACACAGCAGUGGGAGGACUACAGAAGACUUGAACAGGCUAACCUUUAACCCGCCUGGUCGAGACCUUAGUGCUGCACAGCCUUGCAGAGUCUCCUCCUCUCUUCACAUGUUCACUGCCAAUAAUUUCUUUUCCUGAUCCCAGUUGCACAAGACUCUUAGCCCCUGCAGUGGGUCUUAGUGUGUGUGUCUUUUAUAAAAGACUGUGGUUAAUUAAAGAACACUGCAUCUCAGUGGACCUGCUUCACUCCUGAUCUUCCCUUCUCUUCCUCCCUCCCUCUCUCUCUCUCCUUCUCUUUCUCACUGCACACUGACACAAUGACAAUGUAUGAGCUGUGAGAGGGAUAACUUUUUCAUUCAGCCUAGUCAUUGAAUUAAGAGACAAAAGGGACAUGGACAGUAGCUCACAAAAGACAGACACACUGCAGGAUAACCUGGCUAAUCUACUCUUUCAUACACCUUUUUUUAAUAGUUUUUCCCCCCCUACAGCAAACGAUCCCAUGUCCUCUAUUUAUUUUGAUCUCUGUACACAAUACCACAGCAUUCGACGUUACUAGAUUUGGGAGGCGUGCGAGUAGCCGUUGGCAGUGGGCGUCUCUGGAGUUUCUGUAACUGGCUGUGCAGUGUGGGGGUUUAGAAGGCCAAUAAUAAGCUGUAGUAUAGCUGUCAGUUUGAGUGGUAAACACAUUGUAAAGCCUCAGGACCCUGCAGUUUCUCAACCAGAGUCUGACCCCGAGCAACUCAUCAACAACAAGAGACAGGCUAAAACUGUUACCAUGGAUUAACUGCUUCCAACACACACACAAACAUACACACGCACGCACAAAUCACACACAAAUGCACAUGUGGCUACGCUAGCAUGCUCACAUACAUCUAUGAUUAUGUCAGUGCACACACUCACACACACACACACGCACACACAGACAUGUACACACACCUCCCUGCCUGUGUACUUUUUUGUAACUUCAAGAAGAUGGAUCAUUUCCAGCUUUUGCGUCCUGCACAAAGGCGGUUGCCAUUGCCUAUCAGUCACUUGUCACUGAUAUCCCUGGGCAUGAAUGUGUGUAACACUGUCUAUGUGUGUGUGUGUGUGUGUCUGAGAAUGAUUGUAAGUGUGUGUUUGCCCUGCUACAGAUGUCUCUGCCCAUCGAUGGGUGACCGAAACAAAAACGAAUCCAUCAGUCCGUUAAAUCACACAUUAUCUUCCACCACCUGGCAAUUAACCACCACUGUGAGUGUGUGUGUGUGUGCACAAGUGUGUCUGUGUGUAUGCAUGUAAUCUAAUAACACAGCAGUUAACCGGUUUGCAUAAUGGAUAUCUGCUGAUAUCUCUUAAUUUAUCAGCUGUAUAUUUUUCCAGGCGAUUUGGUUGUGCAUAAACAAACGAAUAAGCAUUUCUAGCCGGUAGACUGUGUGUUUGCAUAUAUUUGUGUGUGUGUGUCUGUGUGUGUGUGUGUAGCAAUGACAUUGUCACCUCAAUGCAUGCCACUGGAAUGAAGCCAGCUAUCGCAAGCAGAAUUCGCUCCUCAUAUAAAUGCACAUGCGUACGUGUGGUAAUCGAUGCUGAGGUGGAACUUGUUUCAUAUUCAUCUGGCUCGUCAGAGUGUGCAGAGACACGUCAUGCAGGGUGGCAGAGAAAUAAUGCAAGACUGUGAGUAUGGAGAAAGAGGGAGAGAGAGAGAGACAGUGAGAGAGAUACUACAGGACGUGUUAGAGGAGAGAGGAAGUCGGGAAUACAGAUGUGCUGAAUUAUAACAGAGCGCAGGGACAGCACAGGGAGGAGGAGGGUCAUCAUAAUAAUGAUGAUAAUGCUCGGCCAAUGCCCUGAUCCACGCUCUGAGCUCUCACUUUAGACACCACAGCGCAGACUGAGUUUGUGUGUUUGUGUGUGCGCACCAAGUAGAGAGUAAGAAGUGAGAGGGGGGAAAAAUAGGCACAGACGAGAGGAUUAAACAGGCCAAUCAACCACCCCCUCGACAGCAACACAAACCUAUCUGUCUCCCAGCCCCACUUAGGACAACAACAUUUACAUUUAUGAAUAUGUACACAAUGGAGAGUAUUACUCACUCACUAUCACAGGACACACGGCCCGCCUGUGUGUUUGCACUCGUAUGUAUGUGAGAGUGUGCGAAUGUGUAUACAACUCAUCUAUCAUAGGCGUUUGUGCUGCCGCUUUGGACGCCAGAUAACCAGUACACGCAAACGCUCAGACACGGGCUCAGUGAUCAUCAUAACCGUCAUAGAGACACGGAUUGUUCAUUAGUGGUGAAUAAUUCAGCCACAUCGCGAACAGGUGAAUGAGCGCUGGUGUGUGUUGCGAUGUGUGCGUGUUAAAGAGUGUGUGUGUGUGUGUGGUGCGUAGACGUUUGCACAGAGACGUCAUUAAUUAAAAGCAAUAGGGAACACCUUUGUGAUGGAUGACUUCUGUUUGCAUAAUAAGAUCCAGUGGUCCCCCCCCUCCUGCUCUCUUUAUGUGGGUGCGUUUUUCUGAUUGGACAGCUAUUGUCUGCUAGCUGAAGUGAGCAAUAAGGGACGAGUACAAGAAGAGAGCAAAAGAAAUGAAUCAUUUUCUCGUCCUCCAUCAUUUCCUUUCUCUUUGAGGAUGAGCUAGAUUUCAGGAGAGCGCUUCCACCACCUCUCUUUUUGCCUCUCAUCCUCCAAUUGCCUGAUGGGAAAGCACUCUUGGGUGGAGAUAUUUUGGGAGCUCUGUAGUUUAAUGUGAAUGUUGUGAGACUCUGUCAAAUUAGCUUGGACUGAAUCUUUCCGGUGCUAGAAAAACGCGCCGGCUUUCUUUGAGCUCUAGUUUUCCUUCACCUCAGCUCACCUCUCCCAGGAUUUCUUUUCGUUCCCCUUUCACCGCUUUACUUUGAGGUUUCGACUAAAGCCAACUCAACGCCUUGUGGUCCUUUAAAUUGACGCAUAGUCACACUUAACACUCAUAUUGAUCUCGAGUUAAAGACGGGCCCGAGCCCACCGUGUUAUCCCACAUCUCCUUAUUCUCUCUUUUAUUUCCUCAGAGCUGUCUCGCUGGCGUGAUCAACUAAUCGGAGGCAUUGCUGUGAAAAUGGAGCGUUGAUGUUAAGCAUUGAGGCUCGCUUAUUCUUGAAUCAAGUGCUAAAUGGUUUUUGUAAUGGUUGAAACACAAAAGAAAGCAGAUGGAAAGGUAUUUCAGGGAUGUACACGACCACGUCCAAGCUGAAACAAAGUCAGCCAAAGUUGAGCAAACUCUGAUCUAACCUGAUGCUAAUAAAGGCAUUCGGGGUGUAAAUGGCUGGGAAGGAUUGGCAUCGAUUUAGGUAACUGUGGAGUCUAAGCGGUGGUUAGUAGAGAUGCUCUGCUGCAUAUAUUUACUGAGCCAUUACAGAAGACACGCUGGAAAUGACUCUGAACGGUUGUGAGGAACAAAUACUACUUUUACCUCAGAGCGCAUAGAGGCAAAGUAGGACUUGUUUUUCAAUGGUUAAGUAUUAUAAUUAUUUUUAGACAGUUUGAUCGGAUUUUCGAUAGCAAUUUUUUAGAGUUAUAUUGUGAAAAGGCCAUACUCUAACAUACCGUACGACUUCAGAUGAUAUGACAAGAUAGGAUAUGUCCUAAAAUGGUUAAAUAGGGCAUGAAACAAUAAGCUAAAGUAAAAUAUAGAAUAUUUCCAUGAUAAGACCCGAUAUGACAGAAUUGCCAUGAUACAAAACAAUAUGAUCUGAUACCAUAUGACACAGUACGAUGCAAAAGGGUAUGCUAUGACACAACAUGCCACAGUAUGUUCUGAUAUGAUGCCAUCUGAUAUGCUUUCGUAGCCUUUGGGAAAUGUGUCCCAGACUCAAGAGCUCUGUUCAUUCAGCUGUCUCCCCACUAGUCCUAUGAAAGCCGUCCAAAAGGCUCUUAGUAACCCGAACAGCAUCCAGAAACAUCGUGCACAAGCAGGGUCACAAAAAAAAGUGCAAAGUUAACCUAACGUGAGACCCUUGUGUAAAUACAACAAGUUUGCAAAGGAAGAAUAUAACAACAAACAUAUUGCAUCACUGCUGGUGUUUGAGAAAAUGUUCUUGAGAGUCAACCUCAGGGGAGGUUUAGGUGUCGUGUUGUGGGCAGAAGUAGAUUCCUAAGCUAGGAACUGCUGCACUCAGUCAAGACGACAUGUCUUUUUACUUUCUCCAUAUUUUCCAGUAUUUUUGGAGGCUAAAUAUCUACAGAAGUGUGAAAAGAUUUGGUUUUAAUAUUCUAAAACUAUGGGCUUCAUAAUUAACUUUAAUAAAUGAGAAGCAUUGACUAAUAUGACAACCUGUACUUCUUUUUUUGUGUGUCUGAUGAACCCAACACAGUAAUUUUAACAGCGUACAUUCAACACUCUAUGUGAGGCUCUUUUAAUUGUGACAGACAGUUAAAAUAAUAACGUAGGUGAUGUUUUGACACCGCUGUCAGCCUGUUUUAAUGUUCGGCGCACGUCUGUGUCAUUUGGCUUAAACUUCAAGGAUAAUGCAUGCAGAGCCAAUGUGUGUUGAUAAUGUGAUAUGGAUUUAUUUGGAAUCUGUCCUUAUCAAUGCUGGGAACAGUAAUUUAUAUUACUCCUGACAGUGACGAGUCUCUGAAAACCACAAGUUUACACGGCAUGUUUCAUUUUCAUCAUGUCUAAUGGAAGGAAAAUGGCGGGUUUUAGCAUUCACAGCAGUUUUAACCUGUUACUGAUAUAUUCCUUUUGAAUGGCGUGUUUAAAUGCAGCAUCACGUCCUGUGCAAAGAUCAGGCACAGGAAGCCUACUAUCUGAACUCAGUAACUUUCUUUGUAUAUAUUUUGUAUAUAUUUUGUUGUCAGAAAUCAAAUGUUUGUAAUACUAUUUAUUAUAGCUCCACAUCUGCACGAAGUGAGCGCGCAUGUUUAUCCUAUCGUUUACCACCUGCUGGGAAUCACAGCAGCUUAGAGCAGCUGCAGCUCAGCCAAAUCCUGAGGCAGACAGACGGGAUGACUUUCUCAGUUCAAAGAGAUGAUCAAGUGAUUUAAUCACGAUGGCUAAAAGAAUGAUCAAAUGUGUGUGGGCAUUACACUGAGACUUUUGGGCCAGCUAGGUUUCCUUAUUUAGAGAUGCAAGGUUCGGUUGUUGUGUGGAGUUCCCUCCAGCAUGUGUGUGGGUGAUUCUCUUCACAGCAGCUUCUAACCACAUUCACUCUGCUAGAUUGGACAUUCUUGUUUUAGUACCUGUUUAAAAAAAAAAACUAUAAUUGGAUCCUCUAUCUCUUACCUUCAUAUCUCCUAAUCUUCGAUCUACAUUUCCACCACAGACAUCCUUAAACAAAGCCAAGAGUGGUUAGCUAGUGAUAACUGCAUCAACUAUGUCGCUUACUGUCUCACACAACACAUAAACAAAGGAGCACAUGUGUGUGUGUUGUCGAUUGUGCACAGAGAAGAGUAUCUGUCUGACAUGUAAGCCCUACACCUGCUUCCUGUCCAGGUGUACAUGAGUGUAAAAAAACAUGCUGAGCUCUCGAGGUGGUGCCACUUCAUUUUUGUCACUACCCUCUCAUUGGUAACAGCAGUGUGUAUAUGUGUGUGUGUGUGUUUUAAUCACUGUGACUCAACAACAACAACAAAAUCAUUAAAGAUGCUUCUAAGGUCCUGUCUUCAGUACAGUAUUUCAUUUUCCGCAGCCUCUCUAUUACUCUACCCUCCCAUCUCAGCCUUUAUGUUGUUCUUCCCUUCCUUCCUUUACUCUUCAGUGUCACUCCUGACUUUUGACAUGAUUUAUGGGCUGUCAAAUGUUUUUGAAGGGGUACAUUUUAGCUGACAAACAGGCUACUCGUCUGUUGUUUUCUCUUUCACUCAAACUGUAAAUGAGCUAUAAAGAGGUCUGAGUGCUGAGCAACAUGCCGUUGGCUCCUCCUAUUGUGGAAAAAAGGACUCAGUUGACAUAUUGCGCUGGUGAAGUAUAGUGUAGUGAGGCAAGCAAUCUGGUAGGUGGAGCCGAGGAUCUGAUGUUGUGCCUGUUCUGUGGGCUGAAACACAUUUCAUUUAGUGAUCAAAGAUCGAUAACAGGUUUUUGUGUUGGCUUCAGGCGGCUACUGAAGUGUGUGUCAAGUCCUUGACCCUUGUGUUAGAGUUUGUUUCAUAUCUUCACACUCGUUUCUUCUCUACUAUGCUAAUCUGGACCCGCACAACCACACAACAGCACAUCCCCAUCAGCUAACCCCAACUCAUACUUGGAGAAUAUUUCAGCGUAGAGCCAAAUGAAAAAGGAGAACCAACUCAUUUAUAGGAGGCAGCAUGUAAACUGUGCGCCAAAGAGAUCCAUGUGAAAUGAGGCAGCACAUCAAAUUUAAGGGGAAGUUAACAUUAAGCUACCAAGCUGCUGCCCCUCCAGCACAGAGCUGAGCAGCUCAUACCUCAGCCAACUGCCCAGAGUUUGUAAAGUCUUUGCCCGAGUCCCAAAUACAACACUGAAGUGAUGGACAUGAACAGCUUACAGGUGCUGUUACACAGUAUCAGGUUGAGGAGAUGGUGGACAAACUGACAUUCAGUCUGCGCUUCAGAAAUAUGACCAAACAAAUGAAUUAAAAGUCAAAGUCGAGGGUAAAACCUGUUGGAAAUCCAACAGUCUAGGGUCCUCAUGAUCCAAGUCCAGCAAAAGAUUGAAGUUUAACACAUUAUGUCCGUGAUUACUUCAAAUCUACAAAGUCCAGAUAAACGUGCUCAAGUUGUCUGUGAUCCGUGAGAGCAGAGUUUGUAUCCUUUCUCGUUCUCAUAAGCAACCUCAGCAUAAAUGCUGUGAGUGAUGGUUAAUCCGGCUGUUUUUAAUGAUUCAGGUCCAGAACCGACUCUUCUGUUCUGUAUUUAAGAGCAGAGUCCUCCGCGACCAGCACAUUCUUAGCUCACUGUCUGCAGUCACGGUGAAACAUUCUUACAGUGAGGUCAAGUUAUCCAACGUAGAAAUUAUGACCUUGAGGAAAACUGAAACAGAUGUAAAAGGUUAAGUGAUUAUUUUUAAACAAACUCCCACAUUUACAUGUAAAGAGAAUCAACACCAAUAUUAACUAUUAAUAGAUAUCAGACCUGUGCAAUAAUACUGCAUACUGUUGUAUUGAGCCGCAGUGAAUCACUGCAGAGGAAAUUCUCUCACCAACGGAGCUUCCCCUCCUUUUAAUAUCGAACAACUAAGAGUUAACUUCUCAAAUCAACCAACACAAGAGUUUGAACCUUUUUUCAUGAUGGCAGCAUGUUUGAGAAAAUAAUAUUUGAUUGUCUAUUUUAUGCCAUGUUCCGAUUUUAAGUGUAGAUCAUAUGUGAGGGGGCUCCAAAUAUUUGGGUUUCACUUUAGGAAGUGUUUGUGCUCUUUCUUUUCAUACACGCUAUGUUGAACACUAACCGAUGCACAUCCCAUACUUUCCGAGGACCGAAGCAUUGAUUUUGUUGUUGGCAAAAGGACAGAGAUCUACUUUAUAUUGGAGUUAAUUUACUUUUGAUUUAACUAAGACGCAGGGGAGUUCUUAUAGACUCGAGCACAUCAAUACCGGCUUCUUCAGCGGUGAUUUCAGGCUGUUUGGUGCUCUGUGAUCACUGUUCUGCAUGAGCUCGAAGUUAUUUCAGGACAGAGUCUCUAUGAGGAGGAGGGAACAGAGCGGUAGAGCUCACAAAUUAACUUAAAUAGCGACAGUAAAGUGACACUAAAAAGAUCUUUUCAGGGGAGUUUGGAUCUUAACGAUAAAUUCCAAGAGUUCCUGCUGCAGUAACAAGAGCAGCUGUGUCAGAGCUGUGCUGUGUUUGUGCUGAUUUAAGUUAAAGUGCUGCCGUCUGGGGCGGAUGAAUUGCUUUUUUUUUCCCCCUGACAGCCAAAUUACGGAAUGACCGUCUUCUCUUGUUAUCUGUAGAUUUUAGGGUGAAAAUGUUGGGCGAAAUAUGAAUUUAUCUCUCCCACCCAUGUGUUAAAUUUGAACAAAUUGUCCACAGAGAACACAUCCUGCGGCGAUGGGCCGGAGGCGGUGCACAAAAACACCCAAACAUACACACACACACACACAAACUAGAUGUUGUUGAUAUUAACAUUAUUCUCUGAGCUGAUGCUUCCUAAGCUCCUGCAGUGUAAUCAGGUGCUAAUAACAAGGCUGUGAUGUUUACAAGCUGUUUCAAAGCGCUUUAUGCCCGUGCGUGUGUGUGUGUGUAUUUGCCUGUGUGUGUGUGUGUGAUGUCUACUCUUCUCCUUGCUACAGCUCUUGGGGCUUUGGUAAGGGGGGCUCUAAUAAUGCAGACUGUCAGCUCUCUCACACACUCACACACACACACCAGAUGCUCAUUUGGUGUGUUUGUGAUGUGGCUAAUGGUAGCAGCGUAGUGGCAAUCUGAGGCCAUAUGCUGAGCUUGAUCACAACAGAGCUAAGCGGCCGAGCAUUAAUAAACUCUACCGACAUGACAAUUAGAAAUCCUCGGCAUUAACACGAAACAGUCACACGUGAAAACGCAGUUUUUCUACCCAGCUCACACCAGGAAUCAACUGUCCGAGCGGAGAGUAUUGUGAGCGCUCGCCCGGCGGAAGUGACGCUAAUUGUUGAACAUUGGUUAUGAAUAUUGCUCUUCAUUCAGUUCUUAAAGAAAUAAACAACUGAGUAUUUCGAUUGUGAGUGAAUGGCCCAUGUAUUAUCUGUCCAUUCAAUUAUUCCAGCCAAUAUUUUGUUUAUUUGUUUUUCUGUAUAACCAAAAAAUAAAAAAAUAGUGUUUGUUUUCGUAUUUUCAGCUUCAAACAGAAUAUAAAAUAGAGAAGGAAACAAAAACAAAAUAAUAAAUCUUAUUUACAAUUAUUGAUUUUGAGAGUGUCUGUUUUGAGCAUACGUGCAUGGAGGCUACACUGGCCUUCCCAUGAUCCUCAGCGACAGUUACCAUGGCGAAAGAUGCAACAGAACGGUUUGAGCGCCAAAAUCUUACGUUGUAGCAGAGCUCUGGUUGUAAUGUUUUCUACAGUCAUAUCUUCCUCCUUCAGCGUGACCCUCCUGGCGGCUUUGAAUUAUAUGUAGGAUGGUCCAUCUCCAUGACAACAGGUUAGCCUUUCUCUACCCCUCUGGCCUGGAGUUUUUGGUCCACGUCGUUGGCUACUUUGUUGCGCAGUGCGCAUGUGCGAACAGUUGAAAGGCACCGUGGGAAAUGGGGACAUCAAUGACCCGAAAAUGAAAAGUAGAUUUAUUAUUUUGUUUUUGUUUCCUUCUCUAUUUUAUAUUCUGUUUUGAACUGAAAAUACAAAAACAAACACUCAUCUUUUAUUUUUUGGUUAUAUAGAAAAACAAAUGAACAAAAUAUUGACUCGUUUUUUCAUUUUUCGUUUACUAGAUUGAAUGGAAUAAUUGAGUGGGCAGAUCAUACACAGACUGUGAAUUAUAUACUUGCAUGUUAUUAGAAAAUACUGAUAGUGCAGUGACAUUUUUCUUCUCCUCAGUCAGAAAAGUUUUAUAAAAGAUAAGAUAAGCUAAGAGAAGAACUUUAUCUCCGAGGGGAAAUUCGAAAAAAGUCAUUACCUUCUUAAAAGCUGUAAAAGGGUUUUAAUUACCGCUUUCAGAACAUUUAAUGAAUGAGGCCCAAUAUCAAACACGGUUCCUGUUAUUACGACAUGUGUCCCUGAUUACAAUAUUUUUAAUAAACGACCAGUCAUUCUGAGGUGAGCUAGCUUGCACUUUAUUUGACUGCAACAAAACAGUAUGAACACAUAAAACUUCCCAUCAGGUAGACUGCUCACAAACUGAAUGAGAAGGCAUCAAUCACGCAAAUUAAAAUAUCAUUCUUAUUACAACAACUCCAGACUUUUCUAACGUGUGUGUUGUGAAUGCUCGUAUUAGAAUAACAAUGACAUUAUUGGAUUUAUUCUACAGCCGCAGCGCUCAGGAGUUUUACUCCGCAGCUAGCAUCACUCUAACAGAUUUUCAUAAGAAGCAAUCAGGGAGAUAUGAGAAACUCCUGAUUAUGAAGGUUUGAUGAAGCCGAAAAAAGGAAAGGUAGGUUUCCUUCUCCACCAAACUGCAGAGGACCCAGAAUUAUGUUCGUUCCAUCCCCAGAGCGAGCGUGCAGCAGAGAGAGGGAGAGAGUCUUUAAUUGAGGUUUUAUCCAUUUAAGCUGUCACUAAGAGGCCAACUCUGAAACCUUUUAACCACUCUCCUCACAGUAAUGACACAAAUCAGAGAGGAAAUGUGUUUGUGUUGGUGGAAACGCGUGUGUGCGAGGGUGCACGUGUACCCGCGCGUGUUAGUGCUCGUGAAGCAGGAGGGUAAUUAUGCGGAAAUUGGGAAAUGGCUAAGUGAAUUAUGACCUUGUUUCAGCAGAAGGCUUUAAUCAGCCCCAGCCAGGCCACGUAGGGAGGCAGAAAAUGUUCGCUUCACAAGCACUCUGCUCCUGAUGGCCGCUGCAACCAGUCAGUAAAACUGUCAGCCAGUCUGAUGUGUCAGUGCAAACCAGUCAGACCACCAAUAAUUCAUACAUUACUGCUUUUCCACUGUGUGUUGUAUCUGCAUGGAGGGUGUGGAGCGACGAGUGUGUGGGAGGGUAAAAAUUCAAAAUCAUAAACAACGCUGACUUUUACUGCAAUUUUGGGAAACAGAAAGAUUGAGGGCAGCAGCCAGUCAUUAUUUUUGUUAUCAAUUCAUUUCAGAUUAUUUUCCCAAUUAAUUGAUUAAUUGUUUGGUCACUUAUUUGCUUGAAAUGAGUGGAAAUUGCCAAUCACAACUCCCGGAGCACCAUGGCGACCUCAUCACACUGAUUUAAUUGCUUUUGUCCGACCCGACAGCUCUAAAACACAGAGUCGACAAUCAUAAUGAAAAGGAAAAAAAAAAAAAGUUGAAAAAUUCAGUUUUUAAAAAGCUGGAACCAGAGAAUAUUUGCUGAACAAAUGACUUCAACAAUGCCUCAGUGAAGGAAAAUUCAGCUGAUUAAUUUUUAAAAUUGCUUCAUGUCUGGAGAUCAUCAAGUUUGAGUUUUUCAUUAAGUCUGUAGUGAAGUGUAAAGCAAACAGUAACUUAUGCUAUAAUAUAUCGGUUAAUAUCAAGAUUUUGAUUUUAAUGUGCUCUGUGCAGCGACUGCCUUGCAUGUCUGAAUUUGUUCAACCACCUGAUAGAAGAUGAAGUUCAGGGGCUGUUUACUAGCUCGGGUCUGUUUGCUGCAGGAAGCUUCAUGUCUGAUGGCCAGAGUGCUCACAAAUCAUUGGGUUAAUUAUUAGCUAAGAGGAGUUACUUUUUGUCUCUAUGGUCCCUGCUGGGGGAUUUAUGCUCGUGCAUUUACAUAAGUGCACACAUUUACGUUAAUGGCAAGAGCAUAAAUUGUCUCGCAACCCCACUUAGCCUGGUCGAAAGGCCGGUGUUGAGAAAGCUACUUUAAAAGCAGAGUUCUGCAAGCUACCAAUUACUUCAAACCGGGGGGGAGUUAGACCUCAUCAAAGCGACCUAAGAGCCAAACUAGGUUGGUUUACUAAGCUAGCUAGAGAAAAAAUAGCCUCAGCUACUUUGUAUGAAAAUUGGCAAUUAACAUGUGAUACAAAGAUAAACGACUCUAUCUCACUUUGUAUUUACACGCCAGCAAAAAUGCCAAUUGAUAAAUCAUAGUGAGCGAAGUGACGUCUAAAAAUAGCGUGCAACUACCUCUUAGAUGAACAGCAAUAAUCAAUAGUUUCGACAGCUGCAUUGCUUGAGUACGUCAUCACAGCUGUUUAGAGGAAAGGAAAGACGGAUCAAAAGACGCUCAGCGACUCCAGAGAAGAAAAGAGGAAAUAAAACAGGGAUUCCUUAUCAGCCUAGAAUCCUCUGUAGUUUUGAAAGUGAACCAUACGUGGCAAAAAAAAGUUGAAACAUGUUUUUAUUAACAGAAAGCUUCUAAUAAAUUAAGUUCUAAUGAUGAAAAGCUUGUCAAGUUCAACUUAUUUACAGCACGACUGACAAAAAAAAAAGAGGCGCAAGAAUGAAUGAACAGAUGGGAACGUGAAUCAUCAGGUUCCUGUGUGACGUGUUAUUCUCGUCUCACCUCAGCCCUACUGUCUGUAAAAACAUAAACAGUUAAUGUGUGUGUUGCCUGACUGUGUGUGGAUGUAGAGCGUAAAUGUUCUUUUUUAGUACAUCUCCUGCUGUUCAGAUGUGUGUACUAUCAGCAGCACCAUGGUGUCUCAGAAUCCCUCUAUGGGUUCUGGUCUAGUUGUCUAUUUCUGUCAGUGUUGGAUCGAUGAUGUCUUGCAGACACUGCACUCCUCUCCUGGAUGUUUCAGCCUGUUCCCUCUCCUCUCUCUGUCUUUUUCCUUCUAUCUGUUGCUUUUCCCUCCCUUUCCUCCCGUCUCUUCAUCUCCUGUAUUGGCUUGUCUUGUCUUGAUCACUUCUUCUUCUACUUUUUAUUGUCUUCCCCUGCAUGACUGUACUACCAUCCGGUGUCUGUCUUUGGAUCAGACACUGAGCUCUGAGUUUGUGCGUGUGUGUUUGUGUACGUGGGGGCCCUGCUGCGGCUCAUUUCUUGGCCAGCUUGUGUGAUGUACCAAAUUUCCAAUUAAGAGACAGUUUUUGGUAUAUCAGAGAUUUGGCCAUCUUUGUACUUGUACAGUAAGGAGCCUGUGAGUGUGUGUGUAAGAGAGAGAGAGAGAGAGAGUGAAUACAAUUUGAAUCAAACAAUUCAUUCAUGGAUAAUGCCUUAUCCCCAGGUUCUUGCUUCUUGGAUGCGGAGACUUGAUGCUUGUCCCGCUCUAUGUAUGGCUGUUGAUUGUGUUCGAGUUUUUAACAAAAGAAGCUAUUUUAAUAGACUGCCUUGAGUUUUGCUGUAUUUAAGUUUUUUUUUAAACUAAAUAUGAUGUUUAAUCGAUUUUUUAAAUUAAGUGUAAUUUUUAUUUGAUUAAAUAUUGAUCUCUUAGAGCUCCAGUGUGAGUAGAAAAAAGACGUCAUUCUUGUUUCUUAGUAAACUGUAUGCAGUUUGAUUAAAAAAAAAAAACAAAAAAAAAAAAACUAGUUGAUUUCUUAAUAAGUCAAUUAUGACAUGUUAAAAACGAAUAUUUUUCUGGGCUUUUUGCUUUUGUAAGCUGAGAAAGCUCCAGAGAGAGAGGAAAUGCAAGGAGGAGAGAGAAGGGUAAUGACAGGUGCUAAAUCAUGUCUCACUUAGAGUCAAUCCUAUUAUCAGUGCAUGACUGUACAUGGGGCGCCCGCUUUACCACUGGAGCUUAACCAGAACUUAAUAUAAAAAAAUGUUAAAUCAAUUUAUAAUUAAAUCCUUUUCAUGGCUAAAAUGCUGAAACGGUCUUUUAAAUGCUAGUAUUAGCCAUCACUUUGUUUUUAAUUAGUCAGAAAAUAGGCCAAAUUUGAGUCAUUGCUGUGCUCUGGUGAGUAAUGAUGGCACAUACCAACUAUUGAGACAUUUACCAGCGAUGGAAAAAAACACUACCUUUAAAAAAAAAACAUCUCCAGGCAAUAUCAAUUUAAAAGUCAUAGAGAAUAAUUAUCUGCUAGAGCGGGUAUGUGAGGCUUAAAAUUCUGCACACAUGCACACCUCUGUCUCUCACUCGCUUCAUUUGAGUCGUCUGACUUUCAUUGCAGGAAAUCCUGGACUUGAAAAAUUUAUGAUGAAUUUUUUUUUUUGAAGAACAACGGUGUUCAAACUUUGCAACACAGUUUUUUUAGAGUAGUCAUUGUAAAUUCACUUUAUCAGUCAUUUAUAAAUGAAAGAAAUUGAAGUCUUAUCAACAGAACUAAAUCGAGGUGCUUCUUCACAGUUUUGCAAUAAUCCAAUAUUUCAAUAAAACAGCCCCAGUAAUUAAUGUGCCAGGAAGUGUGUAUCGACUCACAUAAUGCAUUAUCUAUUCAUUCGACAUUAUCUGUGUUUGUUGAGUGCAAGUGUGUAUGUGUGCACGCUCAUUAACGACCUCUGACAUGCAAUUUGGUGAUAGUUUCUCAUGUGCACACGCAUUAGCAUGUAGGACAGCUGCGUCUUUGUGUGUACUUGUGUGCACACUUUGCACCGAAUCAAUGGUUGUCAAUGGAGGCAGAUAGAGCAAGGAUGGCUGAGAGCUGGAGAAGCUGGCUGGCCCCAACUGCUAAACACCCACGCUGUCUGUAGGCUCCGCUCUCUGCUCCUACGCUCCGAGGAACAGGAAUGUGCUAGCUCUGCCGUAGUAAGAGCGCAUAUGAAUGAGUAUUUACUAUCCCAGGCAGCUCCUCUUGUCGUGUUUUUAAGUCCAGCUUUGGUGCAGGAGGAGGAUACUUACACUGUCUUUAUUCCUCUUAAGUUACAGGGGGAAGGAAUCUCAUAUAUGAAGGUGUAGGGGGGAGGAUAUGAGGUUUGUGGGGUUUGUUGUAAUGAAUGUACUGCAGUUUAAAAGAAUUCUGUGUCACUUCCCGGGAGAGAGAGAAAUAAAGGUGGGGAAGGGGUGGGGGGGUGGGGGUGGAGGGAGCUGUGGGAGGAGAUGUUGUGAAAUAGGAUGUGUUGUGUUGAUGGAGCAGGAGUUCUUCUUCUUCCCAGCCAGGCAAACUCUCCUCCCAUCCUAGCAAGGGCACAAAUGUGUGUGUUUGAGUGUGUUUUUUUUUUUUUUUGUGGUGCAGAAAGGAGAGCAAAGAGGGAGGCAUGUGAAUGCCCCACAGCCUACAAGCAUACCACCCACACACUUUACCCACAUGCAUUCGGCCCAUACAUAUGCAUACUCUUCACUCGCCACCUCCUCUACCUCUCUUCCCGUUUCUACCCCUAAUGUUCUCCCCUCUUCUGUACAUACACACCCACGCAAUCUUUCGCUAACACACACACACACAGAUGCAUGCAGGGAAAACUCGUUUCACAGGGACAAUCUCUGUCAUUACCUCCCCCAGAUUCCUCAAGGGAGAACAUUGUUAUUUUCUCCCAGCUAUGAUCAAAUAAAGUGGAAAAAAACGCGCACACACACACACACACACACCCGUGUACACUUCUGUGUUUGCAAACCUGCGAUUGGAUGGAACCGAAUGAUGACACUAGUCCACCCACACCCCAUGUGUGUUGUAAAUUGUCGCUCACACCACAGGCUGAGUAAUUUUUUCCCCCUGGAGGUGAAUGGUAAAUCCCAGCAUAUGUAUUGCAUCACGAGGUGCAAUUUUCUACAGUAUCAGCUCAGAUAAUCAAAGGCUGCUGAGAUAGGAGCAGAUAGGGAGAGGGAGGCCUGUUUAACUCUGUAUCAGCCGUAUCUGUUAGCCUUUGUUGCUGAUGGAGGGGGAGAGAGAGAGAAAAAGGCAGAGCCGGCGCACAACAAGGAGAGCAGACAGAGGGAAAAAAAAUCAUUGAUGGAGGGCGAAGGGGAAAGAGGGGAGGGCAGCGAAGAAUAGAGGAAGGAGGGCCUUGCAGAACAGUACUGCCAAAACCGAGGUCAAUUGUGAUGAAAAUGGCUGUUCACAUGACCACAAUAGCAGCUGAGUGACAGCACUAAAGCGGCAUGGACGGGCUUAUCCUGAUCACUCAGGGCCUUGACUGGGGAAAUCACAAUGCCCCUGAGAUCUGUCCUUUUUGGGCUUGGAGGAUCACAGAGCGCCCACGGUCCCAAGCUCUGGCCCUGAAACGGCCCUGACAUUAGCAUAUCAAUACCACCCCGGCUACUUCGCCAAGGAGCUGGGCGGCUAGCGAUAGUGCCCCCCAGUUAGCAUCGCCCUGUGCCUUCACAAGGCUAUUCAGCAGGGAGUCAAUGCUAACUCAAUGCUAAGUGUGAAUGGGAAGAAGUGUAAGCUCACUCCUGUAGCGUGAACCCAUGUCUGGCGGUUCAUUCAGGCUGGUGUGUCUGUGAAUAUACGAGUCUCUCAGUGUCUCUCUCUCUGUCUCUGCUCGACUCUGCGUCUGUCUUAUAAUUUGUUCUCUAAUAUAUGUUUCCUUUGGACUGCUUGUAUAUGUUUGAUGCCGAUCGAAGUGGAUGAACACAUCCAGAAUAUUAAAAGCCGCUGCUGAAUGCUCGCUCGUAACUUGAUCCCUGUGUCCAUUCUGAAUAAUAAUCCAGGCGAUUUUGGACAGUUUUAAUGCAAGCCAAGUUUCACUGCGACUAUUAAAUCAGUCUGUCUGGCACAUUUCAUUCGAUAUAGAAGAGAAAUCUCCAGAGUAAAAAUCCUUUUAAUUCAAUAAGGCGAAGGAAUAAAGAUGGAAAGCUGAACAUCUACAUGUCAAAUUUACUGAUAAAACUAUCUUACAGUAAGAGUCAAUCAACCGAGCAGAAUGAACAUCGGAACCUGGACUAUAAGCUGUCAAGGAAGUCCGUUUGGAGGUUAAUUCAGGUCCAUCAGUUGCUUUCCUUAGCUUAAAACUUGAUGGCCUGCACACACCACAGAUAACUUUUUGACCUAAUAUGAUUGAGAUGGCGUUAAAAUCUCGAAGCGGCAUCAUUAGCUUCAACAGCUAAGGUCUCAAGUAGAAAACGGCUAAAAGAUGAGAGCUUGGCAUCGUGCAAAAACAAAAGAGUAUACAGUGAGAGAACAGGUUAAAACUCCUCGGUGUUGAGAGGAUAAUACAUCACUUGACACUUGCAGUAGAUGGCCUUUUAUAUCAUUACAACGCAAUUAGAGAUAUCACUCAGUAAGAGAACAAGCCACAAUGCAGCGUUAACCUCAUUAUCACGCAGCGAGAAGGAAAUGGAUGAUCUGGAGGAGAAGGCCUGGUUUUUAAAAUGCUGCAGAGGGGACGGAGAGAGAGUGAGAGAGUGAGAGAGAGAGAGAAAGAGCAGAGGAAGAAAGGAGAAAAUCGAUGGCUAAAAGUAAAGAAUGAGAAAGUAAAAGGGCAAUGAAGAGAGGAAGAUGAGGAAGACAGGUGAGAUAUUGGCUGUAAGACUUCUUGCUUUGUCAUUGGAAAUCAGAGCUGGAGGGCAGGACACCGUUUGAUUUUGUUGCUCUUGUUUUAAUCUGUCAGUCACACACACUUACACACACACACACACACACUUGUGGAUAGCCUCCAGAGUGUCAGAGAGUAUCGGCAGUGAGCUGAGAGGUUAUCAUGCGUCGUCUGGUGCCAGACCGACUCUUGGUAGCAGGUUUGUCAUUUGUAAUUAGAGUGUAAUGGAGAGCUGGCUUGUUUUUUCUCACCUCCUCCUCCUCCUAUUCUCCGUCUGAAGGCUGUCUCUGGGUAUCGACAGACAAGUGACGGCGCACACACCCCACAAGCACACUCACAGAUACAUGCACUGACACAUGUUUGAUGGGCCAAGUUUGAUUCCAUUAAGUGGAGUUUGUCAGUUAGUCAGUGAGGUAUUGGGUCUGAAUGCUGAUGGCCAAACAGAGCUGAACGGGAUCUGAAGCAGACUGUUCAGACACUCACAACACAGAGGGUGACUGAGCAGUGGCAGGCCUAACUAUGAUUAUUGUAUGUCAGUCACACACACACACACACACAUGCACACUAUCUGGUGUUGUAUGGCUAUGUGGUCACGGUUCCAUGCAGCUCUGAGUUCUUGUCACGGUUAAAAAGGCUUCCUUCGGAAAGAGGAGGAGGAGGGGGGAGAGCGGAGUCUUAAGAUGGGGAGUACGAGGGGAGUAAGAGGAGCGGGAGAUAAUAGGAGAGGACUAACAGUGGGGGAGGAGGAGGGCUAGGAUGGACCAAAGAGGGAGUGAAAAGGGGAAGAUAGAGGCUGAAGGUGGGUUUUUCUCGAAGUAUGAAAGCCUGCGUGCCUCCAUUCCUGUGCCAUUGAUGUAUUCUAAUGCUAAGUGUGUAAGACUGGGCCUCGACUGGUCUCUGAGAGAGACGGCCCUUUGAUAGACACGACCAAGCUCUGGGACCCGAUCCCUCGCAUGCCAUUCAUAUGCAUAUUUUUCUCUGUGUGUGUGUAUGUGUGCGCGCAUGUACACACUUUUUUCUCUUGGCCAUUUUAGUAACAGUUUUUAGCCAUUUGUGCCACUGGUAGUUUGGUCUAAUUUCCAUAUCAAUGGGAGCAUGUUUUUGGCUGUUUUGAGCAUCGCACAUGCUAAUCCUAAAUUACCCCCUAGGACCGAGCUGGUUGAGGUUUUUAUGAUGUGGCAGCAAAUUAUUCUGAGUGUGUGUGUGUGUGUGUGUUUGAAUUUUCCAGGAGGGUGGCAUUUGGACACAGUUGCUGCAGGACCAACACAUGUAUCAGAAAUGUCAACUUUGAGCAUGUUUAUCAGUCGAGAUGUGUCAUGGCUGUUUUUGUCAUUUAGCGCCCCAAAAAAAGAUGAUUUGUGGUCUUCACUGUGGUCAGAGAGCAAACAACAGUUACACAGCACUAGUGGAGAAUGUGAAGAUGGUUGGUGCUACACUUUUCAAAGCUGUGUCAUGUUGAAAGUCAAUGUUUGUGCAGCAGGUCUGAGGGGCUGUGAGCUGAGCUGCUGCUAAUACAGCUCAGCUUAUUUAAGGCUCCCAUGAGAAACUUGAAGUCCUAUUCUGAUCGUUCUUUUUACUACUUCAAGUGUUAUCGGUGGUCUUUAAAUUUUGAUGAUGAAGUUUUAACCAAAAUCACAUUACCUGUGUCAUUUUCAAGGGCUUUUCUUAUGCAGAGCUCCAGUAGAUCAUUAACAGUUCGUUUCUGAGUAAUGGACGGAGGCAGCGCUGCUCUGCACACUUGUCUUCACGUUAGCUUGCAGCCUAACAUUGCCAGUGUAGUUUAAGUGGCAGGUAACAUAGGAGCUAUUCAGUUCUCAGACACUAAUGUCUUUAGGGACACGAUAAAAGCUAAUAUCAUAAUUAGCUUUCUUACGAGCAUUGCUAUCCACUAACGCACACGCUUGUUCCGCAGUGGUCCUCUGUGUUUGAACCUGCCAGAGAUUCACAGUGAUUUGGAUGAAGAGAUACUCAGAAAAGCAAUUUUGCAUUUAGUUUUUUUAUUAUGUGUCUUUAGCAUCAGAAAAAUGCCAUAUGAACAUAUAAAAAACAAGAAAAAUGAGAUUUUCAUCAGAGUGGGUCUUUAAGGUUCAUGUCCUCCAUGCUUAAGUAGUGUCUUCUGACAAAAAUCUCACACUGCUGACUUUUGCCCAUCAAACUAUUAUUUAUUAUGAAUAUUUAAUGUGAACGAUGUGAACUCAGAGCUGUUUCUCCAGUAGUUUGAUUGACGCCUAUCCUCCCGCAGAGGUUUCAGGCAUUAAAAAUUACAAUACAUGAAUCAUCUGUUUUGUUUCUUAUGUCCUUGUUUGCUUUUUAUAACAUUAAAAGGCAUUCAUAUGAAUCUCAGUUUAGUUUUCAGCCAGUAUUUUUCAGUUUUUUAUUUCAGUCAAAAAACUCCUCACUGGAGCUUUAAGGGUGUUUUAGGUAAGCACUCGUGGGUCAUAUGUUGUUCCUGAGGUUUUUAAAGUAGACCAGAGUGAACUAUUGAUGUCUCCAACUUGUCAACAUGUACUCACCUGGUUAGAUAAAAGCCAAAAAAUCAGCUUCAAGUUAAUGAAUACCAUCACUCGCACAGUCUUCAGUCAAAAACAUCCUCUGCACUUAAUUCUGGCCUUCUUGUGGAUGUUCCUUUGAAUUUUUGUUAUCAUUCCACCAAAUCAAAUAAAGGUCUGCAAAGGGGAUACAAAAAUGAUAGCGUCCAUAUCAGGUUUUUGUACGCAGCUGUUACUUUUUAAGAUUCUCUAGUCUCGGUAUCUUUGGGAUUAGUGCUUGACGUCAGUCAAUUCCAGACUUGAUUGGAAACAGAAAAGCAGAGGAAAAAAGUGUACCCAGUCUUUGCUGUAGAACUUUUUGUGUGUGGCCACAUCUGAUCAUGUCAUCAGCCAUCUGCAGUGGAGGCCAAAGUUCACAGCCCCAAAGAGGACGGCGUCUCACAGUCCCUGCACUAUACUGCUGCAUGUGAGUCCUACCAGCUUUAAAAGCAUGUGUGAGGAGAUGGAGCGUCGUUGUGUGCGUUGCUUUGUUUGCCAUGUGUUCCGGUCCCCAACCGAUUAAAGCAUGAAAUUCCACACACAUUGUAAAGCAAAAGGGUAUCUCACAUAUGGAGGGAGACACACAAAUGAGGGCACACACACACAAUAACGCACUUAAAGCGAGGAGUCAGAGAGGCCUGUUAAUGACUGUCGGGGGCAAGAAAGAGGAGCUGGGACUGUGGAGGUGUCAAGGCCUUUGUGACGGAUGCAGGUUGUAAAAUGCCUUGCUCACAGGUUUAUUGUUGGGGAAUAAAGUAACGAUCAGAUGCAACAAGAUUGAUGCCAUUCCACUUUCUUUCGCUCUCACACACACAAAUGCACACACCCACACACACGCAGACUUGCUCCUGAUCCCCCUCUGAGCCCUGAAGAGUCUCCCCCAUCAGUGACCCUCCCUCCACACCAGCACUGUGGAUCCUUUCCCCUCCCUCCCUCCUCCUACUUGGAUUUGCUCCUUAACUCUGACCUCCUCUUCAGCUUGUUCGUCUUACUUCACCUCCUCUCACCCGCACACUUCAUGGACUUCUGUGUGUUUAUUCCUGAAUGAGUGUGUGUGUGUGUGUUUUUUUUUUCCAGAGGGGGGGUUGGUGUCUCAUUUUUUAUACCUUCAUCACCUCUGUUUCUGCUCAGAAACAUGAUGGAUGUCUUAAAACAGAGCUAAGCCAGAAUAUUACUGAUGUUACUUUCACCCUUGACUCUGUGUGUGUUGUGUGUGUGUGUGUGUGUGUGUGUGUGUGUGCUCAGAGGCACAGGAGGUUAUUUGAUCUCAUUGUGUUGUUGGAGAGGAGGCUGCUCUCUUGCUUUAUGACCGGCGCUGUAGGGAGAUAUUCAGCUCCACCUGCCUCUCCUCGACGAUCCAUCAUGCCUCUCUCAGCAGACAAAUGCUCCUCCACUCAUCUUAUUACUUCCUCUCACACUCUCAGAAACAUUUAAGACUUUCUCUAGCUUGCACUUGAACACACCGUAAUGUAUGCACCUGUACUCAGACUCUAUUCCUGCCACAAUUUGUCUCAUAAACCAAGCAAAGCUGUCUACACGCUCGUCUUUAAAGCUGUAUAAAUGAGUGACGAAGCAUAUGCCUGCGUGUGUGUGUCAUAACUCUUACUGUGUUUCUGUAAACUGAAAGCGAACGCGGCACCUUCGUUAAGACGUUAAAUGUGUGGUUAACUGAAUAGGGACGAAGACUCAGUUAAUGACUGUUUCUGCACACUUCAUCAGAUUGCUCGGCCGCAAUAUUGCCUCAUAUCACUCGCCGGCACCAUUGGCGCUUAAUAGUGUGUGUACGUUUGAUAGUGUUUGCGCGCAUGUGUGCGUCAGAUCACAAUGUAUAUUGCUUUUGUAGAGCCAUUACAGUUUAAUAGGCGUGGUGGAAUGCACGGAGCGUUAAUGCUUCGGCAACAUGAAGUAAUGACACAAUAAAACAAUUAAAUAUGGUGGAGGGGAAUUGCUUUUUUUUUUUUUUUUCUCGAGCCACACCUAGAAGCAAUUUGGAGUGAGACGGGAUAAACAGAAAGUACAGAUCAGGCUUAUUAUGAGGAGAAAGGGAGCUCUCUUUCUCUCUCUCUCUUUCUCUCUCUCUCUCUCUCUCUUAAUUGGCUUCUAAAUCUCUGUCAGUACGGCUGUAAAUCUGCUGAUUCACAGACUGAAGAACCAGAGAAAAUCUUCUCCGGUUUAGAGCGAGUUGAUUUCUGAGUGAUUAUCCUUGUGUUUACGUGAGCCCUCCUGUAAAAGCAGGUAGUGUGUUGUUCCAGUGCAUAUCCCAUGUCCUCUCAGACUGAUUUAGAGGCUCUCCCUGUUAUCGACCGGUCUGUAGAUUAAUUGGCGAUUCUAUGAGGUGUUCGAAAAAUGUGAAAAAUGGCAAUCAUGAUUUCUGCGAGUCCAGGGCGAUGUCUCCAGAUUGAUGUUUUUAAUGAAAAGUCCAGCACACAAAGGGAUUCAAUUUAAACCGUGUGAAGAAGCAAACAGGAAUCCUCCUUUUGGAGAAGCUGAAGCAAAACUGUGGAGCCUUUUUGCUGGAAGUUUAAAAGUUGUAAUGAAAUUAUUUCUUGUGAAAUCAUUGCUGUAGUUCAUCAGUGUGGAAUUCUUCAGAGGGGGGGCCUUGGCUGCUCUGAGUCCCUCCAGCUGUAAACUAUUAGCUGGAAACUGAAAAUUGUGUCUCUAGUUAAACAUGAUGAUAUGUCCAGUCCAUUCUGGGAUUACAUAAACCCCCUCCCCCCGAAGACACAAAUGCAUGACGGUUAAAUGUUUUUUAUUUUAAUUUCAGUUGCUCCUAGUUUGCUCUUUUUAAGACCGUUUGGAUUAAUAUACUUGUUAACCUUUUUUUUAGGACUCAAGGAACUUUUUUGUCAUCCCCUUUUAUAGUUUGUGGUUCGAAAUUAGUACCCAGGUCUGUUUCCAAGACAAAAUACAAUAGAAUACAAGAGCAAUCAUUAAAAUGUAAGAGCAAUAAAAAAAGCAAACACAAGAACAAAAUGUAAACAAAUGAAGUAAAGGCUGAAAUUAGUCCUGUUGCACUCAAUUUUCAUGUUUUUAUUUUUUAAUUUUUACAAUAAAGUAAAUAAACUUUUGUCUACUCUGAAGCAGUGGCAGCUACCAGCCACUAGCCAGGACUGUAGCUCCCACUAUUGGUCAACGCCGUAAUGAUGUCAAAAGAGCACCAAUGGUAUCUCAAAGCGGGCAUGUCACGCUCUGCACGGCUGAAAAUUCCUCUGAGGUGUAAAAACGCAAGAGGACCACAUCUCAUCAGAUGGUUUAAUCUGCCCACCCUGGCUUUAUAAACAAGUUCAAACAUUCCCCUGCCAGCCCCACACUGAAAAGCAGAGCUGACGUAUUAGCAGGCAAUAGCAUGACAUUUACGCCAUGAUGAGAGGGCCGAGUGAUGCAGUUGUUUACAUCGAGAGGAUUUGACCGCUAUAAGCUAACUAACUACUGUCCGCUUCUAUAUUGUUCUUAUUUCUCUACUGUUGGGUUUGUAUCAUGGAAAUGUGCUUUCACAGUAUGAUGGUUUUAACCUGAAAACAGUUACCGUAACAGAGGACUCUUUACAUACUGCUCAUUUACCUCCAGAUGAAAACUUCCAGAUGUGAGCACAUCUGUCCGUGAAAGACUCCCAUUGUGGUUGGAAAGUACCGUUGCCAGAUACUUUUGAGUUAUCUCUUAAAUGUCAAGCGUCCAUGUGUAAAAUGAGCUGUAAGGAAAGAAGAGAAAAGUCUGAAAGUAAAGCUGUUUGUAGUGACUAUGCUGACCUGGAUUUUAGUCACCGUCUGAGUGAGGUGUUUUUGGUGCACUUCUAGUACAAUCCGAUGUCCAAUCCAAGGUUGUUGUCGAGUUAUAUUCUGCCAUUUAUUGAUUGAAUGAAAAACGAACAAAAAAAGAGACAGAUACGUCCAAUUUACGAUCAUGGUGAUGUUCGUGAUGAGGAUGAGAGUGGUUUCAGAGAUUAGCGGUAAAAACAGCGUGCUGUUCCCAUUCUCCAGAUCACUGCUUCACCUGUGUCCCUUUGUAGCAUUUACCUGCCCAUUCACCCAACCGAAGCCCGAAAAUAAUAUCCAUAAAAUGACUCACACACUGUUUAAUCAGAUAAAAGAUGAAAACAUUGUUGAUUUUACUGUGAGUGUUAUAUUUAUUCUGUACUAUGGUAUGGAAAAAAUAUGUUUUUUCAUAUAAAAGGACUUACUGUGUUUCAUGUCUAGUUGGUAAUGAGAAAAAGUUGCUCAGAUUUAAAAGUGAAAAGUAACUUUUAGUCACUUUGAUAAGUUGUGUGUGUGUGUGUGUGUGUGUGUGUGUGUGUGUGUGUGUGUGUGUGUGUGUGUGUGUGUGUGUGUGUGUGUGUGUGUGUGUGUGUGUGUGUGUGUGUGUGUGUGUGCAUGGAGCGAGUCUUUAAAAAGGUGAGGCACCAGCUAUGAAAAAGGUUAAAAAAAAAGGGUCCACUUCUCUCGCAUUCAGUAAUGACUUGCUUUUGUAUUUCUUGACAUUUAAAAAAAUGUUGCAGGGCACUAAUGAGAAGCAUCAUUUCCAAAGUUUGUCUGAAACACAUCAAACGGUCUGGAGUCAAUUUAAAGCAGAAUAAUGCCUCAAACAAGCAUCGAGAUUUGUUCCCAGAGUGUCGUUAAAAUCUGGUCAGCAGCUAACAAAGAAAGAGAUCAUUUCGGGUCAGGCAGGCAGCCAUGUUCAGUGUGGGCGACCACCAUAUGUGUGUAUCUGUGUUUAAAUGCUGGUUUGUUUAUGUGUUCGUAGGUGUAGGAGUCAGUGUGACUGUAAAUUCUCUGACUCAUCGAGGAAACUGAGAAACCACUGGGAAAUUCUGGGGCGAUUUGUUACUUUUCAUGUAGGUGUUUGUCUGCGAGUCUCCUCUUUCCUCUUCUCCAUCUUCCUCUUUUUCCUCCUCUCUCGCUCUCGCUCUUUCUUUGUUUUCCCUCUCACAUUUAUGUCUUUAUGUAAUUGUCUAUAGAGACCUGUUGAGAAUUAGAGAUCGAAAACCCAUUUACAGAGGUUACUUACGUAAAGUCAGCCUAUUUGUCUGCUGCGAAAUCGAAACCUUACCCUCUGCUGCUCUCCCUCUUUCUCUCACUCCAGCUUCUCCUUUCUCAGACUGUCUCUCCCUUAACCUUGCUCUCCUGGGGGUCAAAACUCAACAAUGGAGGAGCGAUAAGAGGAGAGAUACGGUGAUUGGGGGAGAAAUGAGGGAAUUUGUUAAAGAUAGAGGGAUGGACUGAGAGGUUGUUAGCGAGGGAUAAAGAAGAGGCACAGUUUUGGGGUGAUGCCACAUUUGAUGAAGGAGGGAGAGCAGGGCCUCUUCAAAAUAAAGGUGUGACCUUAGAAUUUCUUUUUUGGGCUGUUUUCAAAAAAGGAGGAUAAAUUACCUGUGUCCAAACUUACUCCCCCAAAGGUUGCGGCAUGCUCUGAAGCACCCAGUGUAUUGUACUGUAUUAUGUCAUAUCAUAUUGUGUUGUAUUGCACUGCUCUGUAUCAUUCUUUAUUAUGUUGUUCUGUAUUAAAGGGAUAUUCCUGCGUAAAAUUAAGUUAGGGUCAAACACACCGUAACACCGAGUUUGAAACCCCAGCGAGUAGGAAGAUGUUUCGUAGCUAGCACUAUGUACUGUUGGUGAAGUUAGAUGCUGUUCUGAGCAUUAUUUGUGGUAUUAUGGUUGAGCACGUGGCUCCUCAGACUGCUGUGUAUUGCUAUCGUGCUGUCAUUACUAAAGUUGGUAUAACUAGAGAAGCAAGCGGUCGGCAACAUUCAUCUCUUGACGGGGUGUCUAACUUGGUGUUAUGGUGUGUUUGACCCUAAAUUAAUUUUACACUGUAAUAUCCCUUUAAUUUUACUUAGGGCAGCCCUUCUUUUACUUUAUAGACCUGAUUAUGAUUUUGUUGCAACAUUUUUGCUUGUAAACACAGAGUGCAUGAGUCUAGCUGAAGCUAGCACUCAAAGCCAUGUUUACAUGUGCGAAAUUUCUUGAUCUGAUUAAAAAUUUGAGGGUUCUGAUAAUUUGAAUCUACUGUUUACAUGGACACAUAAUCAAAUAAUUUGAUCAUGACACGCAUAUACAUGCAACAAUUUUUAUUCAGAUUAGAAGCAUUUGGACAUGCUCAGAGUUGUCUAAUUUCAUUUAAAAAAUUGCAGAAGAAGAGUUGGAUUUAUGCUUGUGCUGUUAACAAACCAACAAAGGUGGUAGUGGCUCACUUCACCGAAUUCAGGAUUUUUCCCUCCACUCAGAACGAGCCUGAUCUGGGUUCUGAAAGCGGUCGUAAUGCUCCCAGCACAUACGAUCAUCAAGCGAGUCGGGCAGCACAUACUGAUCCGAUGUUACAUUAAGCGACCAACAAGUGUCUGUGUCAGACAUGGACCAAUUGCUCUUAGAUCCCACCAUGUUUAUGUCUUGUCACUAAUGGCGGAAAUGUGUCAUGUUGACAGAUGCGCAGUCAGGUUAGUUCUGCCCCUACAGAGAGUCACGAUCUGAAUGAGUGUUUAUAUGGAUACAGUUCGGAAUAACUACUCCUCUCAAUAAGAAUAGAUUUCUUGCCUAUUAGAUGAGAAUCUUCGGAUCGACGUGUUUUCACAUUUUUAUCCUGAACGUGCCUUUAUUUCAACUAUUUGUGCCCAUGUAAAUGCAGCUACUGUAAACCUUAACAUGGGACAGCAGCCUUGUAUGUCCUCAGAAACCACGUAUGUAAAGCCAAGUUUGUUGAAUUGAUCUGGACUGUUUUCCAUAACAGAGGAGAGGUGGAGUUUUGUGUCAAACUGAGAGAAGAAGUUUUUACCACUAAGUUUCAGAAGGAAAAGUGUUGAAGGAAGGCUGUUUGACACAAACACUGAGUUUUCAAAUAUGUCUGCGUUAGUGUGACUAAACUGAACACUAGAGAGUGAAACAGGAAAAGAUGAGCUACAAUGUGUUAUUAAAUGAUGUGUGGCGGCUGAAAGAGGGGCUGGUUUAGGGUUUUAUGGUGAGAAAUAGCAUGAUGUGCGUGAGAAAAGAGAGGAGGGUGGGGGGUGAUGGAAAACAGGAUUAGAUGGACAACGCCAAGGGGAAGUGGUUCGGGCCUGUAGCGAGGAGAUCUGUGUGAGGGAGAAAAAUGAAGUGCGGUGGUUAAACUGAGGCUGGGUGAAGCAGGACAGAAGAGGUGGUGCUGAGAUGGGACGGGGGGACGGUGACAAAAAGUCAGAGUAGCUGUAACAGAGUCUUGACACAGAGUUUCGACCCGAGCUAAUAGCCCGUCUAUUAAUAUCUCCUGCUAAUGACUGCCACUCUCUGUCACAGAAUGGCAGCGAGCGUCAGCCUUGUUCAUCAGUUUUUAACUUUUACUUCCUGAAUAAUGAUCCUAAUAAAGUCUUUAAAUAUAGAGGAGAACAGAGUGACCUGCUCUGUGAUAUUCAUUUUCAAAUGACAUGGAGCUACAGCAGCCAGGGUGCAGUGAGAAGUCUGGGUGGACUCUGGAAGGCUGCUGUUUUUUGGUCCGAAGACUAGCUUAAAACAUUAAAAAGGAUAGUAUAAGAAGUUAAAAAACAACAGUGAGCUAAAAGUUUUAUUUUUCUGAGAUAAGAAGACAGAUACCAGGCAAGCUUUAUAAUGACUGAAUAUGACGCUGUAGCUGUGAGAUGGUCUGCUUAGCUUAGCAAAAUCCUUCAUCAGCAAACUAAUGGCAAUACUGGAGUCUCUGCAGGCAAGUGACAACAUCAGAAAUCUCCCACCCAGACUCCCUCUGUUCACCGCAUUGUGUCCAAUCAAGAUGAACAAUAUUGAAUUCUUGCUGAUAUUUUAUACGGCAGUGUUUUUAAACUCAUUUUGGCCGAAAUCUAUCCAAGUGCAUCAUGGUGGUAGCCUGAAUCUUCCACUGUGCUAAAAGGAUGGUUGUCAGGAACAGUGAGCUCAAUGACUUUCUUGUUAAGCAUCUUUCCUUUUGAGUGCUCCCUGCUUUUUUUUUUUUUCUUUUUUUUUAGCUUUGUUAAAUUACCAAGGUAGAGGCUGCUGACAAGUUUUUGCUGGCACCAACGCUUUUCCGUUCUUACUUUUCACAAACUCUCGGUGCUUCAGAGUGAUGGUUCUUUAGAGGUACACUUUAAUUGGUUGUGUUUAAGGGGUGUUUUUUUAUUCCUGCUCGCAUCACCUGUGCUUUACUAGGAUUGAAAAGGGUUAUUUUGCUGUCUGUCUCUGACACUUGAAGAAACUGCUAUGUAGCUGACAUGUUGUUUGUCUUUGUAAGCUGUCAUUGCAUGCAUGUAUUUAAUCCAUCACCUUAUUGGCUGUACAUACUGAUAGAAAAUUCAAACGUUUUUCUUUUACCAGAUGAUAUUCUUGCUCCUCAUAUCCCCAUCCUAGUUCUUGACUCGGACCUGAAGACAGGAGAAUGGGUUAGCAUUAAGAACAUAGACUGUAUGUAGAAUGGACAGCGUCUGCAUCCUUGUUGGGUGAGACCACCCUGAGAACAGCACCCUCUGGUGACGGGCUGCAGUAUAGUUCCUCCAGCAAUCUCUAUGGAGUAAUGGACAAACUUUAGAAGUUAAUUACACAGAAUAUAAAUCCACCCCCUCCCCCGGUUGCAAUGUUUACAUGUAGUUACAGUAAGACUGGUUUGUGCUCAAGUCCUCUUUUUCCUGUACAGCUCCGUUUUUAAAAGUUAUUAGGGGGUUCAUGUUUUCUGCGAUUGACACUUGAUACAGUCUAUGGGUGUACAAGGGAUGAUAGGGGAAAGUACCUUCACCUCUGAUUGGCUAGAAAAGCUGGAAACGUCAUCACAUGCGUUCAAGCCAAACGCGGGCUGUCGGCUCUGUACAUCGACCAGAACAUUACAGAACAUUAUCGCACUUCUGGGACUCUCCUACAGAUUGCAUACAAUGCUACUGCCCAAUGUUGGUUUCAGGAAGUAGAGCAAAAUGCUACUGCGCAAUGUUGGUUUCAGGAAGUAUACCAAGAGCUUUUCGGCUACAAAUCCGUAUACUGCUGAAAGGCAGAACCAAGUUGUCCAUAAUGUAUACAUUCUAUGGUUGAGAAACAACAUCAGAGGGUAUAACUCUCUGCAGGUAAUACAUUUAUAUUGUUAUUAUUCAUGUGGGUGUUCUAUUCCCACUAUAAAUGAAAACCACAACACUUUGAAAAAAACUAAAUUCAAUUCUGCACUCACAGUUUCUGCAAUUAAUGCUGAGUGUGAAGAAAGAUAUUAAUCUUAGCAUAGAGAUUAAAAAGAUCAUAAAAGAGCUAACUUGUGUGCAACAUCUGAUUAGAUGCUAAUCAGUUGUAAUAAGCUGUAGCCUCUUUUGGACCAUGCAAAACCACCUUUCUUUUACAUUUGCAGGGUGUAUUAUUUGUGCUUAGUUAAGAAAUGUGUGUCGUUUCGGCUUCAAUAGAAGUACAAAAAGUUGUGUCAAAAGAUGUGAAGCAUCAGGUUCAAAUUGGACGAUAUUAUUCAAUUUAGAAAACGAUGUUCCCGUUUCCAGAUGAUGUUUACUGUGGAGGAAAAGAUCGUCAAAUUUAGCUCUCAUUCCAGACGAGUCUGUGUGUUAUUAGGUCUGUUUGUAAGAAAAAAAAAGAGUUGUUUUGAUUUUUUACUAUCCUAAUUUUGGUCAUAAGACAGCCUCACAGUCUCCCCUCACUCUGGUUUUAUGUUUUCUUCCAAUGUGUUUUUCUCACAUCCUACAUAUUUUAUCCCCUCACAUUUAAUCCCAUUUUAAUAUGCAUGGUUAAAGACAUUUUUAAGUACUUCUUCCAACAUCUCUCUGGCUCAUUAAUUCCCAGUCAAUUACAAACAGCACAGAAAAGCCCAAGAGACAUCUAAUUCAGUGAAGGCAAUCAGUCGGUGUGAAUGAGGAGCCAAUAAUUGUUUUUUUUUUUUAAGUGUUGCAUCAGCACGCUGGCUUCAAACUACGCAGAUUUGCAAACAAGAAAUUCAAUUUAGCUUUUCAUAAAAAUGUAGAUGUUUUGUGAGUGAAACACAACGCUGCAAAAUCACUGUGGACCAGAUAUAAGUUUGCAUUUCAUUAUUUGUCCGACUCCCACCCGUUGCUCUCUCGAAAGAGUGGUAGAACUCAAUUGAUUUUAGUGUCAAAGGCUGGAGGAAGGAAAACAAAGAGGGCAAAGAUGCUUAAAUUGAGAAUCAGGCAAAAAUAAUCUCCUCUUUGUCUCUAUAGACGUGGUAGAAUCUGCUUUCUGUGAAUCCCUGAUGCAUAUGAGACAAAUCUAAAGACAGUACAUCAAUUAGAUGGGCAUCGUACAGCUUUAAACAGGCGCCUCUCUAUUGUAAUAUUUAUUCAGUGUUUUUACAUCAGGAUAUCAAAGCGUUGCCAUUGAAAGAAAGAGAGAAUAUGUUCCACUGCAUUCAUUUAUUCAUUUGGCAGACACUUUUGUCCAAAGCCACUUUGAUUUUCCCCCCACAAAAAAAAUCACCCGUUCCACACAAAUGAAAAACAAUCCGGGGUUUGGCUUGUCGCUCAAAACCAGCCUGAAACCCGCAAUCAACUGUUGCUAUCACCUGACUGACUACCAGCUCUGUUACAAAAGGACUGGAAAGCAAGCAAAAGCACUGUGAAACAAUGGGAAAGUUCUGAUUUUCCACAGGGAUUUCACUUUGAUUUUAGCCAAGCGCUUUGUUACCAACAGAUGCAUGUUGUUGCACAGUUCAGCAGUAUGAAAGUGGAUGAAGGACUCAAGCAUUUCUUACUGAUAAGAUAAUUGUUAAACAAUGUAAACCUUAUUUCAGUUUCUACCUAAACUCCUUUGCGUACCUCUUAUUUUCCAUUUUUUCUACUUUUGAUUUCAUUCUUCCUUUUCUUUCCAGUUUUUCUGACUUACAAGGCCAGGGAGGGAUGUGAAGCUAAAAAGCAAGGACACAUGAGUCAGUACAAUAUACACUUGUUAUGUGUUUGCCAGAUGUGAAUGUAUGUGACAUGAGUUACAGUCACGCCGUUGAGCAAGAUUUCAUCAGGCUUUAUUGGAGAGCUUCACCCUGUAAGACUCGGCUGAAGUCCCCUUGAAAAUCAAGGGUCUCGAUGAAUUUCAAGGGUUCAAGCUGGAUGUUGAAGAGAGUGGCAGAUGAAAAAACAAACCGUUCCCCUAUUGAUCCCACUUGGUGUCCAGACUGUCUCCCUCAUAUCUUCAGCUGGCUCUCCUUCAAACACCUUUCCAUCACUUUGACGCACACAGCAACACACACGAGAACAAAGUACACAAAAGACACAACAUACUGUCUCUCUAGCUGCCCCACUUUGCUCCAUGCAUCGUGGUUAUGUAAGCGGACAAGAGUGUUUUACUGCCAGCACACUCGAAAGCAAAACAGCAUACAUACAGUUCCAUUGUCACGUCAGGGUUAAAUGGUGCGUUUAGCCCUUGAAGGGAGCCAGUAGAUGUAUAACGAUAUCAUAUAGGCGCAGUUAGACCAGGAGGACAUGAUGACGUGACAUCACCGCUCCCAUAACGACUGCACUGAGAGGUAGGGAGUGGAUUGAGGGAGCAAGGUAGUGAAUACGAGGAGAGGAAAAUAAACAAGGAGAGAAAGAUGGAAGCGAGAGACAAGGGGGUAAUAAAAAGAAAGCAGAGGCAUGAAGGCUGACACUGCACAUUUGUACUCAGUGGGAGGUCCAAAGUGUUGUCUGUUUCUUACACCUCGGAAGUUUCUUUGUCUCAUUUAGUCUUUCAUAACACAACAGGAACGUGUGCUUACAGUAAGAGUUUGUGUGUGUGUGUGCUGCUUCUGCAUUCCCCAACAAAUAGUAAAUGCAUCAGAGUCUCCAGGGUUGAGAUUGUCUUGACAUUUUGUGAGCUCUAACACCUAGACAAGAGUCUACUGACUCCUCCUGGCCUGACUUGCGUGAUACAAUUGUUGCAUCACUGGUGCAAAAAAUCUGUAGUUUGGUCUGAAAUUAAUAUUACUCUCUAGAUAAGCUUCCCAUCCAGUUUUGAACACCCGUCAUGCCUUCAUGACCCUUGACUGGGGUGCUGGUGAUAUUAUUUUGUAUUCUUCAAUUAAUCAGAAAUUGUGAUGGAUAAUCUUAUGACUUGCUGUAUCAUGGUUUGUCAUUGUCAUGGCCAGUGUACUGGCUAUAUUAUGGCAUCAUAUCGUUUCAUAUUGUACUCUAUCAAAUCAUAAUCUUUUGUAUCAUGUUAUAUCAUGGCAUAUUACAUCAUAUUAGGUAUUCAUAUUUUUUUGUGUUGUAUCUUAUCAUAUCAUGUAGUAUGUAGUAGUGCACCAUAUCAUAUUGUGUUGUAUCAUAGUAUAAGGUAUUGUGUGGUAUAGUAUGGUGUCCUAUCUAGUCAUAUAAGUCUUAUUGUUUUGGAUCUCACUGCAUCAUAUAACAUUGUUUUGUCUUGUAUUGUAUCUUAUCUUGUAUGUUAUCGUAUCUUAGUGUGUCAUAUUCUAUGAGAUCGAGUCCUAUGGUAUUAUAUUGUAUUUAAUGAUACUGUGUAUGGUAUCAUAUAGUAUUGUAUUUUAGUAUACAGAGUCCUAUGGUGUUGUACUGUAUCUUAUGGUAUCGAUCAUGUACUGUUGAAGUACUUAAUCUUAUCCGAUGGUAUUGUAUCAGAUCUAGCAUAUUGUUUUAUAUCAUAUCCUAUCAACACUGUCAGGAUUGAUGCCAUUGUAGGAUUUGGGAACACGGUCAGUAGCAGUAAACUUGUCAAUACCAGUUUAGAUAUUGAUAUUGGUCCGAUAUCAGCAAAAAAUCAGAUUAAAGUCAGAUUAUAUCGGCCUGCAUCUAAAAUCUCCGAUAUCGGCACUCAGAUACAGGAAGUCCAUUCCAGACUCCGCUUUGGCACCAUCUAUCUAUCAGCACCUGGAUCCAGCAUGCAGAGCCCACGUGAUCACAACAACAGUGUGUACGUGUGUAUUUUCAUUAAAGUCCAAAAAAGACAUUGCAGCUGAGUGCAAAACUUGUCAUGCACAAGUUUGUGCUUAUAUCGGAACAAUAUCAGUAUUAGCCAGUAUUGAAUGCUACAAUAUCAGUAUCGUAUCGUAGGUAAAAAGGUUGUAUCGGGACAUCCUGUACUAGUAUCAGUUUCAAUGUCAGUACAUCAGUGUAAGUACUGGUAUUGGUAUGGGUAUCUGUAUCAGUAUCUGUAUCAGUUGUAUUAGAAUACCGUUAUAGGUGUCAGUAUUGCUAUCUGUAUUGAUAUCAGUGUAUUCUCUGUAUUGGUAGAAGUGCUGAUAUUGGUACAACAUGUUAAUGAAGAGCAAUCUGGACCUUGUUACAGCCAGUGGAUUUGUUAUAAUUGAGUAUUGCCUCUCUCUCUCCAGCUCUCGCUCUCUCUCUCUCUCACACACAAACACACACCCCUCCCCUUAAUUUUCCCCCUGACCUCCUUGGCCUUUUGCUCUGUUUCUUUCUCCUUCCUGACCACCCUCACUUCUUCCCUCCAUCCUCGGCUCCUUUGUUUCACACAUCACUCACUCCUUUUUUUUUCUUUUUUUUUCGCCUGAUUCGCCACCAGCAUCUCCUCCCUCCCCUGCAAACACAGAAAAAUUAGCUUCAGGUCCGUCUUUUUGCAAUCAUCCCAACAGAUACAAAAAUGCACUAUGCAACGCCUUCUCCACACAUAGACACACAACAAAAACAAGGAUUUUAAUUUGUGUGUUUAUGCAAAGCCAGCAUUUGCUAUUCAAACCAGCCGACCAGAGCCAAUUACAACCAAUCCAAUUACCUUCUACAUGCAACACUUGAUAUCAAGAAAAGGGCGAACAAUGCUGUGAUUCAAACAGGCACAUACAGAGGAAUGUGCGUGUGUGUAGUUGUGUGCAAGCUGACCUGCAGGUUAUUCCCUGGUUGGCUCAUCGUCAUGUUUGAUUGGCUGCCUGCCGGUUUCAUCACAUUGCACCAGAGACAGAAGCAGACCUUGUGGCCUCUCACCCACAGGUCUCUCAUUCUCCCUUACUCUCUCUCUUUCUCUCUCUCCGUUUGUGUCUCAGGCCGACUGAGGCGAGCUCAGAGCUCAGAGCCCGGCGUUGGCCGACUUUGGUUUUGCCUGGCAGGCCUAGCUGUAGGGAAGCGCUUUGAUUGAGGAGACAGAACAAAAGCUCACACUGCCAUCUUUGAAGCAGCUGUCCUGUGCAUGACAGUGUCACACCAACUCAGUUAACAAACACAUACAGAAAUGUGCCAGAAAAAUCCCUGUGGAUACACACACACACACAUACUCACAAACACACACACACACACACACAUGCGCACACAAACACACACAUUCUUGUAAGCAUGGAGAUGAGUCAGCCCACAGGUGCAGCUAUGAUACUUGUAAAUGUAUAUGUAACCUGUCUGCUGCUCUCACAUAUUAACAAUCAUAUUUCCCUUUCUGUUUCCUCGCCAGAGUACACACAUCACAUCACACGCCCGCACACACACACACACACACACACACCAUCUGCUUAUUAUCCUUUUGUUAAUGUUAUGGGCAUGGCAGCUUUACCUUAAUUUGCUCCAGUUUUAAAAGGUGUUUUGGAACAACAGCUUUCACGGCAAUCUGCUUGUUUCUGUAAUGACUGCAAACAGUUUGGAGGAAGGUGUGAUAUAGCUAAAAAAUUAGAGGAACAGCUAACUUGUCUUUUUAUGUUUAGAUUGAGACCUGAUUAUUCUUGUGUUUAAAUAACUGAUUCCUUGUUAGGAAGAAUUAGAGUAGGACAGUACAGCAAGACCCUUACAAUAUCCAAGAGACCUUUUCUCCCACUUUAGAUAUCCCUUAUAUGAUUACUCAGGUAUAAGAUGAAGAGAAACUGCUUUUGCUUACAUCUCCAGAUACACAAUUUAAGGGCCUGUCUCCACUUGCAGCAUUUUUGCACUAGCUGUGCCCACUACCUCAUUUCAGAAUGCUUCCUGCUGUACAGUUGCAGGAUUAUGAAAGCAGACACUGAACUGAAAUGGUUUUGCAUAGAAAACAGGUGCUGCUGGUUUAAAGGAAACAGUUUAUGGACACAAGUCCUACAUGCAAUUAACAAUAAAGUGUGAAUGCAGACUGAACACGACACGAUACAUUAUUAUCACGAUACUUGUGCCACAAUCCAAUAUUAUUGCGAUUUUUUAUAUUUUGUAAAACAGUGAGUAUUGCAAUACAAUAUAUUGCAAUUUAUAUAUUUUUUUCAACUGUUUAGCUAAUUAAGCAUUUGGCUUACCUUUGUGUUUGUCUUAUUUACGCAGUGUUUUAUUUUCAUGUAGCACAUCUUGCUAACCUUAUAUAUAUAUUUGUUGUACUAAUUUCCUCCUGCUCUUUGAUGUCACCUCUGCUAACCUCACUGGACAAACAGUUGAUUUUGUUUUUCCAUUAUCAUAGAUUUGACUUCAUAUCAGCAAUUAAUUUUAAAAAAAUUGACACUUGGUAAAUGAAAGGAUACAAUAAAUCGCCAGACAAAAUAUCGCAAUACUAUGCUGUAUCGGUUUUUUUCUCCUACCCCUAUUGGCAAAUUGCUAAAAAGAUGAAAUGACACCCUCUACAAAGGGCUAACUUAUUACCAAAAACAAACAAACAGUUCCAAUUGGCAUUGAACUGGUAUUAACAGCUCACUUAGGGCUCGAGUUAUCAUGAGAGUUAACAUAUUCACAGUAGAGUCAACACAUUAACCUUCUUCCGCGAUAUUCCCAUACCAUGUUGUGGCUCGUGUUCGCUUCACGUCUGAUUUUUUCAUCCCUGUCUCUUUCACUCAGCCCCUUGUGUUGACAUCCUUCACCAGUUCCUGCACUGUUUUGCUUCUUCUUGUCUUCAUGUCUCUGCCGCUGACUCGUCAGCCAUUAACCACCAAUCUAAAGUUUGGUGCUGUCCAAACAGAUUGAAAGAAAUAUCAAAAACUUCCUCCAUGUUGUUCACUGGGGACACAGAAAGUAACGAAAUACUGGAUGUGUCAUAACUUUUUUUAUGUUUAUGCAACUCCGAAAACGCCGUUACUCAUGUAUUGUUACACCUUAAAAAACAUAUCCAGAUAAAGUUAUGUGGCAACCAAACAUUGGAGUCAUUUUACUGUUCCUUGGCACAAGACAAGGAAAAAAGUGAAAUUUCUCUCUUUCAGUAAGUUGUUUGGCAGACUGGAAAAAGACAAGGAAAAGGAUGGGAUAAACAUGUUGAAGUAGAAAAUGAGAGGAGGAGAUUGGCAGUGAGUAGAAAAGAUGGAGGUGCUGUAGGUGAGGGAGAAAGAGGGAUACGACUGACAGCACACGGUAAGCUAAAUUCAGGUGUGAUGAAGCAUUUAAAGCGAGCUAACAGCGCCUCUGUAAGACAAACUCAGUUCAGAGUUCAGACAGAUGAGCGUGUGCAGGCAGGCUGCUGCUGCUGCUGCUUUGGCCUGGUGGAGAUGAUAAACAUAAACGCAAACUAAUGGACGGGCAAGUCGGCGGCUGCGGCCUCUGACGCCUCUUUAUCUUCUCUCUGAACUCCUAACGCCAGAUUACUCACAACCUCCACGGCCUCGCACAGGAAGGUGCGCUAAGCAAAUCACCGACUGCACAGGCCGACAAUAAAGCUCGGGUUUGAAUUUCAAUCAGCUGCUGACCGGGAGGGGGGAUGGGAAGAUGGACGCAGGAAGGCAGAAGGGAGAACUGAUGAGAGGAGGCGAGAUAGAAGGAUGGAGGGAAGGACGGGAGAGAUGAAGGGGUCAGGCCGGUGAGAUUAGGGCGGGAGGGGAAUGAGAAAUGGACUAUGAAAAGGAAAACAGAUGGAGAUAUUUUACAUAGAGGCAGAUAGAUGGAUGACAGGAGAGUGCAACGAGGGGGACAGGGCGGAGAGAUAAUUACAAAGAUAGAGAGAGGGGUAAACGACAGGAGGAAAGAAGAGAAGGGAUUACAACUUUACACCAGGGCGGAUAGAUUAAGGGAGGACAGAGAGGUGCAGGAGACAAGGGAAACAGGUGAUGUCAAACAGAGAUGGAAAAGACGGAAAAGAAAGUGUGUUUGAAGGAGAGCGAGGACAGCCGGGGAGAAAGUCCUUGCCAGGGGGGACGAAGACGUCAGAAAGCAAACACUGUUGAUUUAUUUCUCUCUUGUGUUUUUUCUAAUGCCAGCUGUGCCUGUUUGUGUUCUCUACUCACACGGCAAAAACACACACACACACACACACAACAAUGGCCUCCCAAGACGAAACAGCCUCCUCUUAUAUUCCUAAAAUUGGAGAAAUCAAAGUGUCUUAAACAAGGGGAGAGUGUGUGUCAGUCAAGGAGUUCUGCAGCAGCAGGAGAGUAGGAGGCUCAACUUCUUUCAAAAGAAUUUUUAAAAUCUUAAACCAGUCCCCGAGUAUUUCUGCAUUCUCUGCUUGGCAGCACCCAGUUCACUGAGGGAUACAGUAGGUGUAGCCACAAGAAGAAGAAGGAGGAGGAGGAUGCUGAUUAGCUACGAGGAAUGAAGUUAUGUUGUGUAUGGCAAAGAUGUGUAAUCAAGCGUUGUCCUGUUGUUUCUCGGCUGUCUGUGUCGGGUGGUCCAGUGGUGAAAAACGUUGCUCUGUUUUCUUCCUCAUCGGGCCGUAAAUGCUCACGCUGACAGAGGUUAUCCUGAGACUCAGGACCAGCUUUGGUCUACUUUGGAAACUGCACCACAGUUUCCAAAGUAGACCAAAGUGCUUGUCAGAAUGACGAAGCAUUCUGACUACCCUGGCUAUUUCUCCAUAGCAACAGCCGUUGACUCAUCGGAAAAAGUACAUUUUGCAGCAUUUUACCGUCCCGGGUUGACAAAAAAAAGGACAAUUUCUCAUAAAAGAAGUUGAAAUAUGUGAAACCUUUGACCACAGGAACAUAAAUCUAUACUUUUAUUGAAUCAGGGUUUGACCAUGAAGAAAAAUACUUUCUGUCCUUCAACAUACAAAGGUGAAUUAAUACAGCUGCAGUCAGAACUUGGCAACAAUGAUUGAAUUCCCCAAACUUUUCUUUCUAUUGUAAAGGUUGUGAUAAAUUGGAUGGUGGAAACACAUUCUUGUUGCUUCUCAGACACCGAAAAGGCUUUUAGGCUGCGACGCAAAUGAAUGAGAGAGCAGCGCCAAUGAGCAGACAGAUGUGGACUUCACCUGCACUGAUAAGUUUUAGAGGAAGUGGGUGGAGGGGGCGAGGGAAGAAGAAGGACUGGAGGAGAUCAGAUAAAGAUGAGGCCCGUCUUGUAGCCGUCCUGUUUGCAUGUGCGCCCGUCUCUGUCUGCAUGGGUGAUAGAAUAUGAAGCUGACUUCGUGUCUGACACAUACUGACACGUACUGGAGAUAGGAAGAGAUUAGCGAGAUGUGAGAGAGGAAGAGGAGGGAGGGAGGGAGAGAGAGGGAGAGGAGGGGAUGGAGACGCAGAGAUGAAAGAUGACAAAUAUAAAUUUAGAUACAACGGUGCAAACCCUGUGGUGCUCUGUGUUUAAAGUUGUCAUUACUCUUCAAUUUUGGGGAAUUACUACCCGUCCUCAUCUUCAUCCCUCACCUUCACUUCCUCAUCCCUUCUUUCUUUUUUCUACUGCUCUGUUAACGGUUUCUCUCACUCUUUCUGCUGCUCUCUGUGGUGAAAUCCUGCUGGCCAUGAGUUGGGCCUUUUUUUGAUUUAGUGUCAGUGUGACUUUGUCGCUCUCUCUCCCUUCUUUCUCUCUCUCUCUCUUUCUCUCUCUCUCUCUUUCUCUCGUUUUCUCUCGGAGUCUCAUAUUAAAUUUUAAUUCCCUGCAGUGGAGGGCCACAGAGCCUGAUAGUGACAGAGCCUGACACAGGUGUGUUCAAGAAAAUCUAGACAGAGUGACAGCUUUAAGGGUGACACGUGUGUGUGUGUGUGUGUGUGUGUGUGUGUGUGUGUGUGUGUGUGUGUGUGUGUGUGUGUGUGUAUGUGUGUUUUACUGGGGCAAGUGUGUAUUGGAAAAAGAGAGGCUCAAAGUCACAUGUUCAUCUCUCUGUGUGCAGACUUUUUCGCCACCGCUUUGUGUGACAGCUGUUGGUAAUGCAUUUAGAUUAGGACUGGAAAUUUUAAGCGAGCAAACGUACACAAAUGUUAAAUAUCCUCCAUUUCCUAAACUCAUUUGCGUGUGUGUCUGUGGGAGCGCGCGCGAGCCCUCGCCUGUUACUGCGUGUGCACCGUCAGCAGAAAGUUGGCACUGAAACUGAUAAACCAUUAUGCACGACGUGGGAGUGCAUGUUUAUGUGCCAUUUUGUGUGUACGAGUGUGUGUGUGCCUUCGGCUGUGUGUUAGGUUUAAUGAUCUUUUUUGAUGGUCUGCUGUAGCGGAUAUUGAGAUGGAUGGUCCAUAUGCUCUUUAUGGUCCAUGCAUAUUUCAUAUUCCAGCAGCAAAGCAGAGCCGAGCAGGCAUUGCUUAUACGGCCAGGAUGUUGCACUGGGACGUGGGCUGACUUUAUGAGCACUCAUAUACACAUCCCACUGCUUUGUCCCCUUUGAAUAAACGCCCGAGUUCGAACAAAUACAACACAUUUCAUAACCCCCUUCAGAAAGACACCUACAUAUCCAUAAAGUUUAAUGUUGCACAUGGAAUAUCAGGACUUGAAAGCACCCGCGUGGCCACCUGUUGUCUGAACGACUUCUGGGUGCAUGUUUCUACGUCACUUAGGACAGAACUUUAGUCAAAGUAAUAACCCGCAGUGUCUUUGUACGAAUAAACGCUAACUUUGCUUCUCCCUUUUAUAAACACAAUGGUUGUUUCAGUCCAUGCCUUUUUCAUUUCCUGUUCUUUCUGGAGAGAUACCCGUAGGCACGCAGAAAGCUGUCUUUUAUGCUUCCGGCAGCGACGACAGCAGCAGCAGCUGUUUGUUUUGGAAUAAACAGGUGAGGAGCUCAAGAGUUUAAAUGAAGGAAAUUUACAGAAACUCAAACCUCAUCCAAAAAAGGUACAAAGAAAAGGACAUGCCAGAGUUUUUAUAUUUUGGUGCAAGAAUUUUAUUAGCGGAGGGAAAACAUCCCCUGAAUGUAAUGAUAUGUUAACAAAGGAGCUGUUGCCAAAAUGAUAAAACAUAAAGAAGAGUCAGUGUGGACUCAAAUUAAAGCAGUAGCCGACACAAAGUCCUCAUGAAUGCUCAUUUUGCUGACCGCCGUGUGAUGAUUGACAGGUGGUCACCACAUGUAGGCAUAUUGAUUUCAUGAGAAAGUGAGAAUGAAAGAAUAAGAGAAGGAGGGGCAGGGACGAGAGAUUGACGGGCUGGCAGAGGAAGACGGAAAGGAAAGGGUGUCGUCAGAGGAGGAGUGAGAGGACGUCAAAAAGAUUGAACCUGAAAUGAAAAAUUGAACGAGAGACGGAUGGAAGGACAGUGAUAAGGAUAGAGAGACAGAGGAGGAGAGUAAGGCAGAGGGGAUGAUAGUGAAGGGGAGAAAAGAGAGGGGGGGAGAGAAAACGGGAGAGGGUUGUUUCACUGAUGGACUGUCGAGUCUGACAGAGUCUUGCUCAUGUUCAGUGGAGAGAGGCGGCCACAUCAUGAAGUACUGACAUCCCCAAACACACACACACACAAACACACAAGCUUGUAUCAUAACCAGGAUUUACACGUUAAUAGUUUGCCAACAGUCUUUUCUUGUUUUACAUCUCAGUUCAGGAAGAAAGUGAGUAUGUCUGAGUUUUUGUCUUUGCUUCAACUACCCGUAAAUAAGUUUCUUUGCAGAUGACUCAGUUCAAGUUGUCAUUAAGUAAAUAUAAGUUCCUUGCAAGCAGGUUGAGAAUAGCCAUAAGACAAGCUGAAAAGUUUAUUUUUAUACUUCUUCUAGCACUUUUUUUCCUGUAAUUUUUCUUGGUUGUUGUAAUUUCACCUCAGAUAUCUGUAGCUAAAUAGAGAUGUACUGACAGUGCAGCAGCGGGCAAAGAUUUUGCAGUUAAGGGUGCUGACAGCAUUUCCCACACAUCAAGAUUGACUGGGAGCCAUGCCCAAAUAUAUAUAAGGGGUCAGCCAAUUAUCAGCUUUGGCCGAUCCUCUGUAUCAGCAUUUUAUUUUGCAGAGUGCCGAUAAAAUUAAAUAAUUAAAAAGUGCUCCACCGCCGCUAGAGCAUCUUUCACCUGAGUCUGUUUUCACUCACCUCUCGAUCUGACCUUAUUCUCUUGUCCACAACCUCAUCUGACUGGACAUGCAUUACACAAGUUUGCAAUGUAAUUUUACUGUAAGUGUAACAGGUUAUAACUAUUUUCUCCUGUAUGUGAUGUUAAAAGUCUCAUUUUUAAUUCUAUAUUUGCAAAAGUCUUGUACUGGGAUUUGUAACAUCCCAAAUUGGGAUGCAAAUUGGUUCCAAAUAUUAGUCUUGGUUCUCAUGAGCUACUGAUAAUCUGUAACCGUUUGUCCCUAAAAUAACUAAUUUUAGAUUGACCCCUAGUUUAUUGCCAUCUUCCAGUGAUAAACUACUGGAUAAUCCCUCUGUCUCUUCAUGAUGGGUUAAUGUGAUGCAGGUGGUGUCUACACCUGUUCUGCAGGUUAGAGCAGAAGAGCUUGUUUCUCCUGAGAGGGUGCUAAUGCUGCGUUCCAGUUACCUCAGAAGUCAGACGUCGGAGCUGGGAAUGACGUUACACCCGAGUUGACGGCGUUCCAGUAAACAAGUCGGAAAACCAAGAUGGACGUCUACAGUUAGCCGUCGUUGUCAACUGUCAGCUGUUGUUAGCCAUUGUCAGUUGUUGUUAGCCGUUGUCAGUUGAUGUUAGCGGUUGCCAACUGUUGCAGGCCGUUGUCAGCUCUACCAGUUGUAAACAACGCACAACAUAGUAUUUUACUCUGACAAACACUGUAGCAACGUGUUUACGGUUGGAUGCUGGGCAGUACAACAUAUACUUCUUAUUUAAUUUCACAAAAACAAAACAGAAGUGCUAAUAAAUAAUACAUUAUGAGAACUUUCACUGAUAUUUUUACUGUUGAUGCACUGCGCUGCCAUCUUGGAUAAUCGGAAAUCAGACUUCAGGGGGGCGUUCCAGAUGAAUUUCCGUCCUGGAGUUUGGAAAUUCCGACCUCCAAAUACAACUGUAAUGCAGCACAAGACAUUGUAUAACUUAACUUUACGUCAGGACAACCUUUUCCUGCAGCAUCGCCCGGGAUGUAUCGUAUCGUGAUGUAUCCUAUCCUAUCCUAUCCUAUUGAAUCUGUGUUGUGAGUUUAGUGUAUUGCUUCAGCCCUACAAUUCACUUACAUUUUGCCAAAAGGCCACUGUUGUCUUCAGAGUCACAAAAAGGUUUCAUCUCCUUACUCCGUCUCAAAGUGGUUCCCCCAUUUCUACCUCUCCUUGGCAAAGAUUGCUACUUCCAGUCUCUUUGUGAAGGCCGUUUUUUUCCAUUAAAAAAUAUUUUGUUUUUUGUUUUUCCAUUCACUGAGAUUUUAAGCCCCGGGUUUGUAAAAUGUCCUUGUAUUUGCUUUUUUUAUGAGCACCAAACAGUAUUUAACACAGACACUAGACUUUUUUUGAAGCUAUAGUCUGUAAACCAAGACAAGAUUUUACAUAAUAUCAUGGAUUUUAUAACCAAAUAUCUUUCUCAGAGCAUUUGGACAUGUCUAAAUGUUGUGUCAACAGUUCCCACAUGCCUUUUCAUUGUCUGCAGCACUUUUAUGUCUACAAAUACAAGUGGGGUUAUAAAAUAGCAGACAAACUUUUUCCAGCCAAAUUCUCUCCUCUUUUCUGGACUCGCGGAUGAACGCUCUGCACAUCACAAUGAAUAUCUUUCCUCCUGAGAUCUGUAUGUUUUUAAUCAUUUUUGCAGUUUUAAUUUGAUAUUUCAAGUAUCAUUACUUUCCUCCCUCUGGAAAUUGAGGUAUAGGCUGGAAAGUAUUUUCUUAUUGUUCCAAUUGUAUGAUAGAGUCCAAGUUCAUCUUUUUACUGUAUUGGCCUUCUCAUUUAUUUGUUGUUGUAUAUUUCAUGGUGAACAUACAACCUAAAAUCAAUGAUUCCAGGUUUGCAUUCGGGAUCCAGGCUAGACCAGAUAACUACUCUGAGAAGAUUCGAUUUUCAUCAUUUUCUCGCCACAUUUUCAUGUUUUUCUUUUUCUUGUAUGUACUCUCUCGGGCCCUGCAGUGUUGUAAAUCUCUGACAGGUAAUUUACUGAACUGUGGGGGUGAUAUAAAGCUGCAGGCCGGACUUGGAGUGAGGGUUUUUGCUAGCUGUGGCAAUGUUCUUCAGGCCUUGUUAGCAGGAAUAAUUGCAGACAGAAGAGCAAAGCGUUAGUUGUAUCAUUUAGAAACUUUUGAGUUUGAACACUCAAUAGCAGUUUCCACUCAGAGUGCAGCUCUACUAGUCACUUGUACACCAUUUGUGCUCAGAGUUAAAAGUGGCAUUGAUAGAUUUUUCGGCUCAUUCAUUCCCUGACAAAAUCUUUUUGUUUCUGUUAUCACUUUGGCCUCUGCGCUGUGGAAGGUCUCAGCGCUGAAACAUCUGUGCCGUGCUUGUCUUUUAUGUUCAGCUUUGAUAAAGGAUAAAAAUAGAAAGCUCUCCAGAUGAAGUGAGCCUGAACAUUGUAUAAUUUUUUUGGAGUGCAGGGCUUUCUUUUUAUCCUCCCUUCAUUGUUUUUGCUCCAUUUAUUCCAUGCAGCAAAAUAAUUUCCUAAAUGGGUAAUUGAGCAUUUAUCGCUUAGAUUAACACUGUGUCUCAAUCUGCAUGCCUUGAUUUGAGGCCUUUGUGAUCGUGUACAUGCAAAUACAUUUAAUUAAUUCUCCAUGUCACAGUGCAUUAAUAUAACAUCCAUAAUGCCAGAGACAUUUAAGCUGAAUAUCAUCCAUCUGAUAAGACUGGCCAGAUGCAUUUAAACACACACAGACUUCACGCUGGUGCCUUUUCAUUGGGCUAAAACUACUAUUUAUCUCACUGCCCUUUAAUGAGUGUGUGUGUGUGUGUGUGUGUGUGUGUGUGUGUGUGUGCGUGUGUGUGUGUGUGUUUAUCCAUCUGUUUUACCCUGAGAGUGUCUAAGCCUCUAUUUGCACCUUAAAUCCAUCUGCUAGCUCUGUUUCUGGCCUUAUUUCCUUGUGUUUUGUCUCUUUUUGAGCAAAUUAAAAGCUUUGUGAGAGGAAUGUUAAGAAGUUUGAACUUCAACUGAGGAAUUUAUCACCAGUGCUUCUCUUUUACACGAUUUGGAUGAAUGCUGCAUUGUCUGAACUGAACUCCAGUAACAGUCCUUUUUUUGUACACAUAAAAAGUCGAUGAUCUCAGUCCGCCUUACAGGACGGGAAAAAUCCACAUUUUGCCAGAAGUCCUCGAUAACACACUUCUGAUCCCCCUUGCCUUAAUUCUGUCUUCACUUCAGAGCCUUAAAAACAUCUCCUCUUGUUCGAACCAGGAUCUGCCACGGUAAUAGCUGCUGAUUUGUGAUCAUGUGGGUUGGUAACAAGUGGUCCUUAAUUAGCCAUUAGACAGAGGGAGAAAAGAGGUUGGAUAAAGAGGGGAUGGAUGGGCUUUUCUGUGCAGACACUGAACCCCUGUAGCCCCCUUUUUUUUGCUACAGUAGCUCCAUAGCUAAGGCUUCUCUUGUCGUCAUGGAGACUAAUGUUGAAAGCCAGCUGUGGUUUUGUCUUGGAAGCCCAUUAGGCUGGAGCUCGGCUGGCACUCCUCUCUGUCUCGCUUUUCUUUCAGGCUUUAGCUCAGCGGACUCACAAUGGGGCGAAAAUAUCCUCUCUGUGUUUAACUUGUCUGUGAUAUCAGACGUGGGGUCAAACAGCAGUUACAAAUCAUCCUGGACUUUUGUUUUGUUCCUCUUUGAAGAGGUUUCUUAUUCUCACAUUAGCCAAGUUGUCUAGGGUUUGACGAGAAAGAGUGAGUUUUUUUAUCGUUCCCUUUAAGAAGCUGAUUGCUCUUGUUAGGUAGACCCCACCCACCGUGGAGUUCAAGUAGGUUAAAACAAGUGCAAGCAGAUUGAGAAUAAUUUGCUAAAACUAUCUGGCCCUGUUGUGUUUGAUGAAUGGCACUACUUUUUAUUCCACAUUGUCCUUCUCCGUGGUCGAAACACUACUACUUGCCCUGGAUUUCUUAUUAAAUUUGGCUCUGGAGAGGGAUCUGAGUAAUGUUGUUGUUGUUGUUGUUAUUGUUGAGAAUGACUUAUCCCUCCAUUGGAGCCUUUUUUUUUUCCCCUGCAGCCCUGAUAUUCAAGCCUCCAGACCCUGACCCAAACACAUCAGUCAGCGGGACACACAGGGUGCCAUGUGACUCGGCCAGGAAGCAGGCCGGGAGAAUGAUUGUUAUGCAGUGGAUUGAUCAGGUUUCACAGGACACUGCCGAACUAUCAAUCUGUAGGACCGUACACAUAGGCGAGCGGAGGAGUGUGUGUGUACAUGUUUGUGUGUGUGUGUGUGUGUGCGGUUUUUGCACGGGCAGGGUCAGGGCCAGUGUUGUGUGUUUGGGAGGGCAGCGAAUGUGGGAAUCAAUAGCUGGGUCAGAGGGUAAUGUCUCACUGAGUGCUGAGUCUAUACACAGCCAUCAGACAGGAUCACUAUCAAUCAUCAGGAGAGCUUAGGGAACAUACACUCUCUUUCUCUUCUUGCCUCGUGUCUGAUGGGAUCACUAUUGCUCAUGUAAGGGCUUUGGGAACACAGGGGGAAGACGAUGUAGGGAAGGGAGAGGAGGGGUUGAUGUGGCUAAAGUGAUGGAGUAAGACCGAGGGCUUGUUUGGUAUUGGCAGAUAUUUGGUGGAUGACUCCUGGGGUUUGGAAAAGUAGAGGAAGCCCUAAAGUGAACCCCUUAGAGCGUAAAAUAGGCUGGGUGGGGUGCUUGUAAAGUGGACGAUAAAUUAAAGUUGAAAACAAAAUCAAUAAACACACAAAUUAGAGUAAAGACCACAACUCCCGGUCUUAUCCGGGGGUUAAACAACAUUUUUCUUAAUCGAAGCGUUCUGUCUCUCCUCCUUCCACUUCUUGUCGUUCAUCCUUCCAUCCGCCCACUCCUCUGAUCACCCCUCCUCUUGGCUUUCUUCUCCUCCUUUGUCUUCUUGUUCUGCAUGUUUUUCGGCCCUGGGCUUCCUGCCAUCUGUUGUUCAUGCAGUUGUUCAUUUUAAUUUCCUCUCAGCCAUCCAUCUGUGUCAUGUGUGCUCGGACUAAACCCACCACAUACGGUUCGGUACGAUUGAUUGCAAAGAGAAACAUGUAUGUGCAGGAUACAUGUUGAUUGUUGCUCCGUGUGAAAGCAGAGACAGCUCGGCGCAAGGGCCUAACACUAGCUGCCAUCGGGAUUUUGUGCGGCCUAAGCCCCCCUCUUUCACACCACAUAGUCGAUACAGGCGAGGAGAGGAAGACAGAAGGAGACAGUGAUGGAUGGAUAGAGGAAAGAGAGGAAGAGGAGAGGAAAGAGUGAGACAAGAGCAGCAAAAAGAAGAUGUAAGGAAGAGAUGGAGAGAGAUUUGCAGAGCGCUGCUCGUGUUAAGGGAUCAUGUCAGUGCUCCAUAUGAGGCAGCUUGGCAAGAAACCCUGUUAGCUGUAAUACUUUGAUCAAUUACCAAUGAUGAACCAUCGCUCUGCAGGGCAGGACUGUGUCUGAGUGUGAGUGUAAGUGUGUGUAUGUGUUAGCGUGUGGUGGCCUUGAGAGGAGGCAGCAUAUUCCAGUCUGUUGGACACACUCUGGACAGGUAUUGAUUUCAUCAAAGAAUUUAGGACCUACUCAAGCACAACACCAGAUCAGACACGCCCACACCCACCUACACCUGAGGCCCAGAUGAGGGGGCUGCAGAAGAUAAAAAAAUAGAAAAACAUGUUCGACUCUUUGUGUUCUUCUUCUGGAAUAAUACCGCUUAUUUUUAUUAGGGGUGAGAAUCACCAGUGGACCCACGAUAUUAUCACGAUACUUGAGCCGAUACAAUAUAAUCAUGAUGCUUGGGCCAAGAUACAAUAUUAUCAUGAUACUUGGGCCAGGAUAUGAUAUUAUCACGAUACUUGGGCCACGAUACGAUAUUAUCACGAUACUUGGGCCACGAUACGAUAUUAUCAUGAUACUUGGGCCACAAUACAAUAUUAUCAUGAUACUUGGGCCAUGAUACAAUAUUAUCAUGAUACUUGGGCACGAUAUGAUAUAAUCACGAUACUUAGGCCACAAUAUGAUAUUAUUGCGAUUUUGAACAUUUUGCAAUACAGUGAGUAUUGCGAUACAAUAUUUUGCAAUAUAUACUUUUUUAAAAACUGUUUAGCUAAUUUAGUAUCUGGCUUUUCUUUAUGUUUGUCUUAUUUACGCUGUAUUUUAUUUUCAUGUAGCACAUCUUGCAAACCUAUUAUAUAUUUGUUUUACUAACUUUCUCGUGCUCUAUGAUCUCGCCUCUGCCAACCUCAAUGGACAAACAGUUGAUUUUAUUUUUCCUGUAUAAUAGAUCUGACUUCAUAUUAGCAAUUAAUUUGAAAGAUCGAUACUUGGUAAAUGAAAGGAUGCGAUGUAUCACUGGACAAAAUAUCGCAAUACUAUGGUGUAUCGAUUUUUUUCUCCCACCCCUAAUUUUUUGUAAAGUUAGAUAUUGUGCUCAAAGACAAAGGUGACUUCAACCUGACUGGAAACCAAUCUAUAAAGGCCACAGAGGAGGCAAUGAUCAAAAUAAUCAACGAAUGGAUAUUUUCCUGGUUGGACAGGGUUAACAUGAACAAGAAAACAAGAGUCCAGCAAACCGGUUUUUAGUUUGUAUUUCAAUUGUUACAGGAAUGAAGAGGAGAUGGGAUUUUAAUUCAGCAGCAGCAGAACACAGCAUCACUGGGGGACAUGUGUACAUAAGAGUUUUAUUUUCAACACUCUUGUCUGCAUGCUGUCACUCUGGCAAAAACUAGACAGAAACCCAGCGAGAGGGAACAAUUGAAGUAAGAACACAAAAAUGAGAGAAAGGGAGAGUGAGAGAGAGUGAGAGAGAGAGAGAGAGGCAGGCAGAGCAGAGGGAGUGCGAGGAGGAGGAUACACUAGGAAGGAGUCCUGUCUGUGUUCAAUGAGGGCUGUAUUGAUGCCACACAUCUCAGGGAGCCUUCAUUCAGCAGGGGAGCCAUUCAAUUAUACCUACCGCUCCGCUGGCUGAUUGGAGUCCUCCCGUAACAAUGUUAGCAUCUCUGUACCGAAACAGAAUCAGGAUUAAGAAUUCUGGCCUCGGGAGGCAGAGUGGCUUUUAAAGUCCUGAUUGGAAAUCAUUUGUAACACCGCUGGACAGGUUUUAAUCCAGCGCGGCCUUGUGCCCAUCAGCGGUGUCUCCUUUGAUUUCAGUAACCUUGAUUUAUCUCGGCGUGCAUGUUAUUUAUUUAUUUUUCUUUGCAGCUCCCUGUUGCUUUCACAGUUACGUACACGUACAUUCUUGAAACCCAAAAAGCUACCUGUAAUUUUCUCUCUUUUGAUCUUUGAAGGCUUUGUGGUUAAAAAUGAAAAGGAAAACUCGGAUGGCCUCAUUACUCUUGUGUUUCUGCGUGUGUCCUGUGAAUCACAUCCUCACGUGUUUCACGCAGACAUGUCUGCAACGUUUCUAUUGAACACUUUUUUCACGUUUCAGAAAACGUGAAUUUUGGUAUUCCCAAAUGUGAACUUGCUACAAUUGAGGCGACCUAAAAUUGAAGCAGUUAUUUUUCACAGCGGAAAGUUUGACUCAUCAUCAUGAGAAAAGAAAAACACUCAUAAAAUGGCAUAAUAUGGCUACAGUCAAGACCUGCUCUGUGAAAUAAAUGAAAACUGAAACAUUUAACUGACUAUCGAAAUGAUUUUCACUACUUUCAGUCCCGCUGUCUCACGUUGAACCAGCAUCUGAAAUACCUGAUCAUGGUAAACAAUCGAAGCACGUGGGAAAAAAAUUCUUCGCCUUCAGUCCGUCAAGGCUAACUGCUGAUUAUGGUGAAAGCCUUGAAAGUCAGCCACUGCUCUCAGGUUCAAGCACAGACAAAAUAUUUGAAUCCAGGGAUUUUUGAAUAAAUCCCGUUAAAAUGUUUUAAUCAUGAAAAGUUCAUACUUAUUUUCAGGCAGUCAAUGCCUUGCCCUGUGGUCUUCAUUGGUUUUCUGCUUGACAUUUUCAAGCAGUUUCAUACCUGAGUUAAAACUCCUGUGAGGAUAUUUUAUCUUGUCAUGAAACAGACCAAAUUUCUACUGAUAAGUCAUAUCAUUUAUAAAAGCAAAUGAGAUCACUGGAGCUGAGAUUGAUAAUUAUUUUAAAUGGAUUUUUUGUAAGUUUCACACUCAUAGACGAGUUCAAGAAUAGCACACAACAAAAACAGCCUUUUUAUCAUCUUUGUCUAAGAUUUAUUGAAAGUUGCGUCACAGGCAUUUAAUUUGAAGAAACAUUUGAUUUUGGAUCAAAAUCAGCAAGAAUUAAAUGCUACAGUGCUAUCACAUCAAACAAUGAGUGUUGUCUAGACCUGCUCUUUUUCUUUGGAAAGCUUUUUGGGAUAAUGCGCUGUAUAAAUAAAAUUUGACUUGAUUUGAUUUGAUCACGAUGGGGACUGACAUGUAAUAGACAAGCCUUACAGCAGUCCUUUCAAAUUUUAAAUUGUACACAAGAAAGAAGCAUUCAUCACCCGGUAAUGACUUCAGCAGGACCUUUAAGGAGACUGUUAGAAAACUCAUUACAAACAGAUUUGUUUGGCAAAUAGACUUGAGAUUGACUGACCAUGUUAAUCCUCCUCCUGUGUUAGGGUCUGCACUGACCCGUUUUUGAUUUUAAAUGCUUAAAAGAAUCACAUAAAUUAGCUUUUUUUGCAUCAAGACUUUUUGACUUUGUCCAGAACCUCUAUUUCAACAAAAUAAAAACGAAAAAAAAAUAAUUAAUUGACUAAAUUAUAAAAUGCUCUUAUUAAAAUUAUGGCACUUGUCGUGUUAGGGUCGCCGUUGACCCAGUUAGAUCAAUAUCUAAUAAUUAGAGCAAAAACUGAAAUCAUAUGUUCACUGUCAGGCACCACACUGACAGUCAGAUCCUCUUCCAAUCAUUUGAGAUUUAGGAAAUUCUCAUUUUUCCAUGUUUUUACCUGCACAAAAAACAACGUAAGGCAUGUCCAGACAUGUGAGAUCACUUCAGUAUAGAAUUUAUAAUCUAUAAUGUAGUUCUGCCUUUUGCUCCGUUAUUGUUAUUUAUAGCAAAUUACCACAUAUUUUUGUAAUGACAUGGAAAAAAUAAACAUUUGAAGAGCCAAAAACUUUUGUUUGUUCUAGAUAGGCCGGAGCAACAAAAAUAUCAGUUUUCAAUCGCUGCAUCCUGCACAAACUGCAGAUUAUAUGAAGAUUAUAAUAAAUGUAAAAAUAUGAAUUUAUCGGUUAUCGGUAUCGGCCAUGAGAAGAAGGAAAUUAUCGGUUAUCGGUAUCGGUUGAAAUUUUUCAUAUCGUGCAUCACUAGUAUAGAUGUCUUUGUGAGGGGACAAAGAAAGUCCCAGAGGCCGACAACAAAAACUAUUAUAAGCAAUAUUUUCCUGGAUAAUGAAGCCUAACAAGGUAACCUAGAGAUGAGAACCAAACUGGAUGAUAGAGAAAUGUUUUUAGUGUAAUUUACAGCUGAUUUAAGACACGGGUCAAAACCGACCCUCAACAUGGUGGGUGCAUGGGAAAAGCUAACACAGGAGGAAGGUUGAUAUUAGAGCUAGAGUUUAUUGGGACCAGUCUAACGCUUGGAUUACAUUUUAUUUAGGAAUGCGGUGCUAUGACUUGGCUGAAAGAAGACUCUGCGCCAAGAUUAGCUGAAAUUUUUCACUCACACACACACACACCUCUCUACAAAGUCUUAUUAACAGAGAAGAGCGGCGUAAGCCUCUCCUUCAAGCUCUUGUUACAAAAAGGAAUGAUUGCUCUCACUGUCAAAGUGUUUUAUGGAAGUACAGUGCUCCAACAGGCCGGGCACAUAAUAGGCAGGCGGGGGGUAACUCUGUGGCAUUAUGUUGCCUACCUCUGAUUUAUAUAGGCAACAUACUCUCCUCUGCUCUCUCCUGCACUCUCACACUCUCUGAUGUGAUUUUACAGUAGUGACAUUGAUCCAGGCCCACUUUGAUCUUGCUCUUAGCUGUUGCUCCCUCUCGCUCCCCUCCCGCUAUCACCCCUUCACUCCCUGGUGGCCAAACUCUGCAGCUUUUAACCCCGACUACCCCUCGUCUCAUCCCAUAAAUCCUCCCAUCUUUCUCUCCAUCUUUCCAUCACUCCGUCCCUGUGGUGCUUCUCUGUUGUAAGUGUUCCUCGGCUCUUGGAAGCCUCCCCUCUGCUCCUUGGAGUUGUUGUGUGUUGCUGAUGAAACCUCCUACUGCAUGAUCUCCUCCUGCUAUCAGCUCCAGCCAGUCGCGUAUCACAGGAGAGAGGUUUUAUGGUGAGCCGACACAUAAGGCAAGGACGGCAUCAGGGGAAUACAGAGGCAGCACAUCAUGGUAUUUCAUGACUUACACUAUUUUUUAGCUUUCGUAUCUCUUCAUCUCUCUCGAGUUGAUUUUCAGGAAGCGUUACUCUGAUAAAAACUCCAAUUUAAUAACAAAGAAUAGAAAUCCACCACACGUUUUGUUAGGUAAUGUGUAUUUUCUUCUAAAAUUAAAACAUUUAUUAUACUCGGUUUAGUCCCAGACUGAAGGAGAAACAUAAUCAGGGCUGGUUUGAGGCUGUCACUUCAAGUUUGCACAAAAGAAGGGGCACAUUUCUCAGGAGACGUCUCAUAUCCAGCUGCUUCUUGGAAUGACAAACAUAAAACCUUCAGCUCAGCAUUGGGUCAGUUUAUGGAUCUCUCCCUCUGCUGAAUAAAAUGGUCUUUUUAUCAUUGUUUGUAGAGUCUAUUUGGUUAUAAGAUUAGUGUUAUUUCAUUCUCUCUCUGCACAUCAGCAUGUUUGAUUCUAGAGGAAAAAAUAAGGACUAAGGACAUCUUCAUUAUGACAUGCAUGUAGCAAAGUUUUAUACUAGAAGACAUUCCAAUAGAUGUCACACAUUUUUCCUCUAGAGUAUGAAGGUCGAGAUAAAAUACGAUGAGAUAAGACAGGACUAAUUUACUCUCAAGUGCAUCUUAAGUGCCAGAUUUCUGCAAAGUUACAACUUAAAGUGAAAUAUAAAAGCAUAGACAUAAUUAAAUCAAGUGUAAAUAAAGGAUGAAUGUAAAUAAUAUUCCCCAAAUGGAAAAGUAACUAGUGCUGGAAGGUUUGAAAAGUAAGCAAAGUCAAUUACAUUAUGAUACAUUUAGGACAGUAUCGGCAGAAAAAAAAAUCUCAGAUUACAUCAGAUGAUGAAAAUUAAAAAAGCACAUACUGAUAAAAAUUAUUGUCAUGACAGUCAACAUUUUGUGGUCAUUAGGGCUGUCAUGAUAUCAGAUUUUCACCGACUACUUUAUUGUGGCUUUAAAAUAUUAUUCUAAUGAUAUUUUGAAACAAUUUCAGAGAAAAGACAAGACAAUAUAAUCUACGUAUAUGUUCAUAAAUAUUAAAAUUCCUCAAAUUUUACUCAUAAACACAAUUAAUUUAGAUGUCAUCAUUCAUUUGUGUUUAAAGCUUAUUGGCUCAUCACAGACUGUGUAACUGAAAUUACUUCAGAAAAUGCAUAGCCUCACAAAAUGAUUGAUAUUUCGAGCUUUUUUCAUAUUCAUUUCUGUAUUGCAUUUAGGUUGUUUUGUUUCCUACAUUUUAGACCUAUGCUUUUCUUAUGAUGUAUAAUCUUCUUUUGAUGCAUUGUAAGAUAUGAAACUGAAUGGACAUGGUUAGAAAGUAUAAAUGUUCAUUUAAUUAGUUAUCAGAGGAGGCACAGGUUCCAACGCUGGAUUUUGACUCACAAAAUUUUUUAAAAAAUCACAAGUUUCAGUUUUGAAAAUUCCCAAUAAUCUCUAAACAAGCUGCUUUAAGCCAGCUAUCAAAACAGUCAGUGUGGAGAUUAACAUUAAGAACCUCAGCUAUGAACUCAUAGUACUACAGUGUGCUUAUUUUUAGCACAUCAAUAAAGAUGGUUACCAUCAAUACCGGUGUAUUGGGACAGCUUUUGUGGUCAUAUCAACAUGACAUAAAAAAUUAAUUCAAUCCCUUCUCAAAAACUUGCAGAAAAGGUUGUUGCCGUAGACCAAAUGUUCAUCUGCAAGUGAUGGGAAAAAGACCUGCACUGGUCUCAAUCCUUUGAUCAAGCUGCUCCUCCAGUUUUCUGCUCCUCUUGAGUCAAUGUUUCUUCCAGAAGUGCUCUCCACAACAUAAAACAUGGCUGCAAUCUCUCUGAACCCUAAAUUUUACUCUGUUACGUUCAAAGUUGAAGGAAGGGAGAAGUACCUUUUUUCAUUCAGCUGCUUCAGGCCCAUUUCAUCUAGUAUGAAUGUUUAACCGUAUGUAUCAUUACUUAAACUAUGACUAAAACAUGACACCUUUAUUGUUGUUGGAUUGCUUUUUAAGGAUUACAGCGUGUUUUGUAACACCGCUGUUUAAGAGUAGUUUUCAGUCAAAACUACGAGAACCGUUGGAGGGUCAUUAUUAGUGUAAGAAUAGAUCAAGUAUCUCAAUAGAAAUUAUUUUACAGUCUGUUUCAACAAAUUAUUCCACGACUUUUGUAUUAAACUGAUUUAUAUUGAAGGCUUUUUUUUUUCUUUUCGGGGGUAUUUUUAUGAACAUGAUUGUUUACAAAUGAAUUUUCAGAGCUUUAAUGAGAAAUCUUACAUCCUUCACUUCAGCUCUAGUUCAUGAUCUCAUGCACAUGUCAGUGCUCAGUUAUCUUCAGCCUGAAUGUUCAAGUUUUUAUUUCAUGUAUAUUUGAGACGCCCAUAUCACUUUAACCUUUUUUGUCUCAUGAUCCAAAGAUGUCACUCCGUAUCAAUACACUGUUAAGGUGAGGUGCUUUGAUGUCUCACCCAGAAACACGAACACACACAAAACAACACACACACACUCACAAACACAUACUCUGUACAAAUGCUAUAACCAGCUUUUAUUUUGGCAGAGUGAUUUACUUUCAGAUUACUCCUGAUACUCCAAGUUUCCCUCCCACUCAUUUUUCUCUCCUUCUUUCUGCGAUCACCCCUUCCUCUCAGAGGAGAACUUGCUUUUCUUCUGUAGUGUAAAACUCUCUAACCGCCUUUUUUAAAUUUCCUGUCUGCUCAGAUUCGCAUCCUGUCCUUUUUUCUUUUCUUUUUUUUUCAAUUUGCAUUCACGUCUCCCCCAGUGGAACCCAUACCCAUCCCUCUCUCACUUGCUGUAUCUCCCCCAUUUUCUAUCUCACUCUUUCUGUUUUGCAUCCACUAUAAAUAUAGUUCCCUUGAAGCGUUUUUGUGCUUUUUUUUUCUAACACUAAUACCACAAGAAGUAAAUCUGUUCUGCAGGGGAGUAAAUGAUGUAAUGAGAGAGAGUGAGGAGGAGGAGGAGGAGGAGGAGGAGGAGGAGAGCAAAGGAGGGAUGUUGGACAAUUAAUCUUCCGCUCAUGUCACUCUGAAAGGAAGGGAUGAGAGGAAUGGUGAGAAGGGGGAGAAAGACAAAUUCAGGAUAGAUUUGAAGAGCGAGGGAAGGAGUGAUGGAGAGAUGGAGACAUGGGGAGCGGUGUUUCGAUCUUCAUUUAAUAAUUGAAUAAUAAUCUCCCCAGAGACAUGACCUAGAACUGGCAGAGAGGCAGCAUCGGGCACAGCAUGACACACUGCUGCCCCCUUGUGAUUUUACCGUGUCACCACUAUAACAGCCUGCAGAGUGUGUGAGCGAGCGAGUGUGAGCGCACAUGCUCAUCGGUGUGUGUAUGAUUUACAACUGCAACCUGUCUCUGUCACAUAGAUACGGGCCCGCGUCUGUGAUGGAGAGAGAAAGAGGGCUUUUGGAUGUCAGGAAAGAAUCUAUUUCACUUUGUCACACAAACUACACACACAUCCACUCCCAGACACAGAAUCAGACCUUAUCUUCCUGUCAGGCUGAGUCUUUUUUAGGGUUGACGCUGAUAUAUGAGCUUCUGGUUUGGGAGGGGGGAUGGGGAGAGAACGGGGGGAGGUGAGAAACGUAGGCCAGGAAGUUGACGGCUGACGUGAGCGCAGCGUUGCGCUCAGGUUGAUGUACGAGCGGUGGGGUUAGGGGACAACGCUGCGCUGACACCAGGAGAAGGAGCUGUGGCCCUGGGGCCUUCAGUCCAUACUGAAGAGCCAGCUCCGCAUUCUCUGCAUGCAGCAGCGCUCAGCCACAAAUACACACACACACGCACUUACACACACCUGCUUUGUGUUAUUAUUAACUGAAUAAUUCUUAAAGAAGAGUUGUUUGACCUUAGGUGAGCAUUACACUGAGGCGCAUGAAUCUGAGAACACAGAGAAAUGGACCGAGAACUGAGAUGCGGGGUCUGCUUUCAUCACGUGUGUGUCUCGGCUGUGUCACAUACAAAAGCUGUGUCCCUAAAAUGUUGAUAACAUGUGUGGACAUUGGAGAUUUUAUAAGAAGUGCUUGUUAUGGAAGAGUUAAAACCUGCAGCUACACUGUUUGGGUGUGCUGUUGUGUCAGUACUUAAUUUAAAGCUAAACAAAUUCAACAAAAAAAAAAAAUGUGUCACUGUGAUUUGUUCAAAAAGCGAUUAACUUUCAGAAUAAAAAGUCCACCUUUAUUUGGCACAAAAGAUGCUCUUUUAUCCUACAGUUUUUAUAUGUUGUUUAAUUCCUUGUGUGUUUUUAUAGGCAGUUUAGACACUGGUGUAAAAUCAGUCUGGAUAAUCAAAGUGUGUUUUUAUUUCGCCAACAGUUUGGGGGAAACAUUUUCUCUCACGUCUGAUUACAUUGUGCUGACUGUAGCACUUUUAAAUUGGCUGUUUAAAAAAAAAAUCAUUAAACAUCGAAAUAAAACCUCUUUGAUUAAUGCACACCCGACAGGUUCAAUGAGGUGUGAUGUGUCUUUAUUGUUUAACGUCUUAGUGACAGUGGCCCGCUCAUUCUGAUCUUUUUCUUGUGUUUUUUUUCCAGUCUGCGUAGGGAGGGCUACACGAUGCAGGUGAACGUCAACGACUACCUGGACAUCUACUGCCCUCAUUACAACGACAGCCAGCGCAUGGUGGGCACAGGAGAGCAGUACGUCCUCUACAUGGUCAGUUACCGCGGUUACAGAAACUGCGACCCUCAGAUGGGCUUCAAGAGGUGGGAGUGUAACCGUCCGCACGCCCCGCACGCUCCCAUCAAGUUCUCGGAGAAGUUCCAGCGGUACAGCGCCUUUUCGCUGGGAUACGAGUUCCACGUUGGACAGGAGUACUACUACAUCUGUGAGUGAAAUCAAACAAAUAAUCCAUUUCUCUUUAACUAUCAGAUAUUUGUACAUGUCCUCAGGGUGUAAACAAAGCAGAAGCAGCCAGAGCCUUAAUGCAAGAAACUGUACGAUCAAACAUGUUCUCGUUUUAUUGUUAAAUGGAUUUGAUGGUUACUCAGUUUGCAGUCAAAGUCCGUCCUUAGGUAAUUUCAGGCAACAAAUUGCUGUUUCAAAUCUAAUCAAAUCACGCUAUAGUCAAGUAGGCUCAUCAAUUUUCUUCAGAGCUAAUCAAAUUAACUCUCAGCACCUCAUGCUGAUAUGACACUGUAGAAAUAAUGAACCUUUAGCUUGUCAUCAAACCAUUUUACACCAAAUAUUUCAUCUCUACAUUUAGUGUCUCAUGCAUUAAAUGGGUAAAUAAUGAAGGCAGCGAUCAUUAAGACUGCAGCCGAUGAUGGGAGAAGUCUCGGGAAAGUUUUGUGCUACAGCAUCAAAACUGAAAGCUGACGUGCUUCUCUGCAGAUUCACACAAAGAGGGUUUUUGUUUUCUCUUCUCUCUCUUGAUGGUCUUCCUCUGUUUUUUGACCCUAUGUAGAAAUGCAGGUUAGGUUGAUCGCUCGCCAUGAAUCGUCCUUUUGUUCUAGAUGUGUUUCUCUUGAUGUCGAUUUGGCGAAUAACGGGCGAUCUGCAACCAGAAAUUUCAACAGGCAACAUUUGACAUUCACUUUUUUUGUUUUGCGAUCAAACACGUCAUGUCUAAAAAAGUUGAGCUGGUAGAUUUUUAAUAUGAUGUUUUUAUAAUGUAAUGAGGUUAAAAAAUAAACUCUAUAAUUCAACUAAGACCACAAAAUGUGAAAACAAAUCUUGUCUCAGAGCGAUUCUAGUUUUUAAAUACUCAUGAUGUUUAUUUGUGCUGCUGUUCCACGCUUACACAUGAAGUCAUUCAGAGAAAUUCGACCCGUGUUUUGGACUCCUAAUGAGCUGCUUUUGUUCAUCACAUCCUGAUUUCCCCUCAUGUGGGUGUAAACCAUCUGCGUGUGUGCUUUAAUUCCCCCAAGCCUCCCCGACAGCGAGUCGUUGGCCUCACUACUGAACACAUGAGCCGACGCCGGAGUGUUUCAUGUUUUGCUUUUAGGCGGUGUUGUGUGUGUUUACACCGAAAAUGAACUCGCUCAAAGUUCACAAAGAUAAAAAUGAACCAGUAGUGUGAUCAUAGUUUUUUUUUGUAUUAAUUUCAUGGUCCCAAAAAUUAACUAGAUCACUUUAGUGUUCUUCUUUGGCUGCAAUGGUUCAAUUCCAGGACCUUCAAUCACUGACAUUUCCAAAACUAAAUAGAUAACUGUCUGCUAACAUAGAAGAACACACAAAGAUCAAGUUUAAAAGCCUGGUAGAAACCCCCUAACUUUGGUUCAUCCACUUUUUAACACCUUGACGGACCAAAAAGCAACAGUGAGGGACGGCUCCUCUCUCUUUUCGCUGCAGGAUGGAGAGAUUCGGAAGAUCUGUGUACCCACGGCCAUCACACUUUGUAAUUCUUCUAUAAAUAGUAGAUUAGAUGAGAUUCCAGAAAACCAAAUUCCCUUUUGGGGAUCAAUAAAGUUCUUGUAAAUCGAAAUAAGUACGCUUUUUUAUUCACUUUGAUUUUCUUCCUCCCUCACCUGUUCGCUGCUGAGAUAGAGAAAAAAAUCCAGCUUUGAAAACUCGGGGGGACACAUUUGAAUAUGAUUUCUUAGUAUCUUUAAUGCUGCAGAAAUGUGAACCACACUGCAGAGGACUGACUCCUGCUGGUUAUUACAGCUUAAGGUCAGAAACAGUCCUUGUGUAACAUGAGUCCAUCUUCAUAUAUUCUUAAAAAUACUAAAAACAACAGUAAGACACGCUGGUUUGGCUGAGUCUGGAGGUUUGUGGUUCAGGCCUCGACCUUAUGCUGCAAUUUUUUUUGACAAUUAACCUGGGGAAGGGGAAGGGGUGAUUAUUGACGCCACUCUUUCCAUAAAAAGUAAAAAGGUUUGAUGAUGCAGUGUUUGUGCUGGGACAGAUGAUGUUACCCAGAUUUGUGUUUUACUUUUGAUAUUUCAAAUACUGACUUUUAAAAUCUUCGCAGCUACGAAACUCAAACUUGCUCAGACGCUUCGGGGACACCGCACAUAAACAAUAAGGAGAUAAAAACAUGCAAACACACAUGAACUAUUGUCCAUUUGAUAUUUUUACAGCCACGCCAACCCAUCAUCACGGCCGCAGCUGUCUGAGACUACGAGUGUACGUCUGCUGCUCCACGGGUGAGUCCCCCCACACUGCGUGAAUGAAAGGGAGCGAAUGUGUGUUUGGUUUUCUGUGGGUGUGUAAGUGUGUGUGUGUUUGUGUGUGGUGUCUGACCCAUUGUAAUGUAAUGCUUGGACCUGUUUGCAGACUGUAUGUGCACCCAUCUGCCUACUCUACCAUCUGGCGGCCACCAUGCUACCCAGGAACCCACACACAUACACUAACACACAGACGUAUUACUCUCUCGCUCUCGUACACACACACAGACACACACACACAGCAGCUGCAUACAGAUGUACACACACAAUCUAAAUACAGUCUGAAACGGGCAGAGCUAUUAAUACUCCUGCUGAGUUUCCCCUACAGCAGUUUCACUCACAGCACAGAGCCCGCUCUCUCUCUCUCUCUCUCUCUCUGCUCUUCUUCUUCUUCUUCUUCUUCUUCUCUCUCUUUUUCUGUCUCUGUCUUCUUCUUCCCCUUCCUGUUCAGCAGAUAGGAGCAGCUCCAGCUUUGAAGGCCCCUCACCCCUGCCUCCCCCUGUCACCCCUCCUCUCUCGCUCCUUGUCAGAAUCCAUUUAUUGCCGUGUGCGGUCAGUGGGUGGCUAUGUAUAUGUAGUGUUAACCUCUCUGGCUCUCCUGCCUCCUUUCAGUCGCUGGACCCUCUCUCUCCCUCCCGCUCUCUCUCUCUCUCUCUCUAUCACACACACACACGCACACACUUAUACACACAGACUUUGAUCCCUGUCCGGUCCUUUUAACUUCCACCGCCCUGUAGUAUUAACCUCUCCUCCCUUUCACACCCCGGCUCCAUCGCUCUCCUUCUCUUUUCACACACUGCCUCCCUUCAGCUUGAUCUGCUUCCCUUCUUCUCUCCUCUCUACCCCCUCCCCUCCUCUCUCUCUCUCUCUCUCUCUCUCUCUCUCACUCUCUCCCCUGUUAUGGCUUGUCAGUCUGUCUGCUCCGGGGGAUAUUUUUUAACCCUUACACCUUAGCCUUGCUGUUCCCUGAGCUGUUCUCUCAACAUGUCGAGUUGAAUGUAAUUAAAAUCCUUUGGGUUGGAGGAGCGAUUUAACCCCUCCAACCUCCCCCUCUCCCUCGCUGGUUUUCUGUCUCACCUAAUUUUUUUUUCCUCCUUGUCUUUCAGCCUCUGACGUGGAUGAUGAGCCAGAGCCCACAGAACCAGACUACACGCUUAGACCAGGCCUCAAAAUCGAUGAUAUUGGUGAGUCACACGUGCGCACACACGCCUUCUUUCAAAGUAAAGGUGGAGACGAUCUACGAGGCCCUUCUGGACACAUAAAACAGACAUGAGCUCAUCUCCAUCAAUCAGGUCACAUUAGUCUCAAAUCAUGUGAUUCACAGUCAUGCUGCUGUAAUGAAGUAAAGGUAGUUCAGCUGUUUUUUCUUAUUUUAAAAGAGGCACUUAACCCUAUCCUGAAUUUAAAUCAGCUUUUACAGUUUGUUUAAAUUCCAUUAUGUUGUGUUUUUAAACUUUUCAAUUAGAUUUUAGAUUAUUUAAACACCUUCAAGUCUAUAUUACUGAUGUAAAGUAAUACCUGAGGAUGUCACUUCCACCUGCAGUGAACUGUCACCCGUUUAGCAAGCGCUGUAGGUAUCGUCUUCAAUUUAGUUAUCCACAGGUCUGAGGCGACUGACCCUUUCAAAGAGAUGUUCUGCUGGCUGAUAUCAGUCUGAUCAGCAGCAGCAGCAGCAGCACCAGAAUCCUCAGCUCAUAGGUGGACGCUGAAACUCAAAGGACUUUGGUGAUAUCUGAUUCUGGGAGUUUUGAAAAGUAAAUUGUACGAUCACUUGGGAUUUUCCCCGAGGGACAAAAUAACACACAAUCAGAAGAAACUUAUGUGUUAAUUUUGGACCAGUGAGCCCCAUUUUCAGCAAAUCACAUCAGCUGAAUAAAACCAAGUGCUACUCCGUAUUGAGCUUUUAUUUAAGAAUAAUUCUGUGGCCUCUUUCUAGCGUGUCGCUCCCCACUCUCUUCCUCUUUUUUCUGCUCUAACCCCUUUCAUUACCGUUUUUGUAAAUAAAGGCCAAAAAAAGCCUAAAAAUAAACAGUCAGUCAGCGCAUGCUUUACACCCAUAUUCAUGGCAGAGCAAUCAAAAACCCAGAGGGAACUUAACUUACAGAAUAUCAAUGACAAAAAUUACAGAUGAAUCUAUUGGGAAAAAGAAAGAACAAUAUUUAAAAGUCUUUUAGGAAAUGGAAAUUCUCAUCUUUUCUUUAGUUAUCAUUUAGUUUUUGGAUUUUUUAAGAGACAAUUCUUUUCAGCUUCUCACUUGUAAUUAUGACUUGAGUAAUUUUUUCUGAAUAAUUUUUGUCAGGAUUUGUUCAGUCCUCUAAUCAGAUAGGAGGAUGGCCAACGUGUAUCCAAUAAGGAAGAAUUGAGAACAUAUUGGUGAUAAAUCAACGGAAUAAUUUUUCUUCGUGUCUCAAAACUUUUUUAAUUUGUCUUACUCCAAGCGUACACAGGCUGCAACAGACGAGACACAGGCCGAGUUGUUCUACCUGUACUCAGUGAAAAUAACACACUUUUUUUUUCAUCUAAUUUCUUCAACGAUUGCUGUGAAAACAUCUAAUAAUUCACUGCAGAUUUCUGGCUCUUAAUUGGUCAGGAUAUAUCCUUACCAAUUAAAGGGACCUUUACAGAUGUGACAGUUUAAGAUGAACCUUCGCAGCACCAGCUGGCUGAGCACACCGCUGAUCCUGCUGAACAAGUACAUACAUGCAUAUUCAGUUAACACUUACAGUCUCCACCCAGAUGUUCAACCGUACAAAAAAAACAGAGUUUAAUGGCCAGCACCAAAAAAAAAAAGAUAAUUUCUAAGAGGAGAAGCUUAUCCUGGUUUCCUGUAUUAUGCCCUUUUUCUGGGCCUAUCAGGAUUACAUAACAAGGAGAAUCAUGGGACUCGUGAAUCAUACUAAAUCUGUCGGCUCUGGAACUGUCUGAAAUUUGGCUGUGAUUUCAGGGACAGGCUGAGCAGUAUAUUAAUAAGAAAAAUACUUAAAAUAAUCUCUCAGACGGUUAUGUGGCUGUUUUCUUAACGUUAUGGCAACAUUCACACAAAGACAAUAUGCUCAGCUAGCAUGACCUAGCUAGCUGCUACAUGUUACACAAACAGCCGUAGAGACUGAUCAUCUUCCUGUCUGUUUUUUACACUCUUCUCCAAGGUAGCGUGUAAAGCGCUGUAUGGUGCUGUGCUGUUGUUAAUCUCCUUGUGUGUGCGCCUGCAUGUGUGCACUUGUGUAAUAAAUCAGUCUGUUCUCAUAACUGUCAUAAGAAAACUCAUCACCGACCCAAGCGAACGGCUGCAGGUCAUAUGAGUCGGUUGAGGCACCUCUCCCUCACUUCUUUUUUCUUUCAGCCAUCUCUCUUUCAUCUUAUUUCUCUCUCCCUCUUCCUUCAUCUCCUUUUCUUCAUGCUCCUCUCAUUCUCCCGCUCUUUAAUUCUCCAUCCAACAUUUUCCUCCCAGAGCACAGGCAGGAACGCAGCAGAGAGGAAAGCCACAAGAACUCAGUUUAUUCACCUUUUGAUGUGUGAAAUUGAGUUUUUCCCUGGUUUAAUUUUUUUUUCCCCCCAAGACGAUAUUAAUCUAAGGAUUACGGUAUGCAUUUGUGCUAUCACAGCAGUGUAAGCUAUAGAUCUGAAUCAAGAAAUAGUUUAAUUCCAGUAUAAUCUUGUUUAUUUUACCUGAGGUGAGGCACAGGUUAGAGUCUGUUAACUUUUACUUACAUAUUUGUUUCUCCAGCCUUGAGCAACGCUUCAUCAUCCUCAUUAAGUUUCCCACACUGUGAACUUUUCUUUCUUUUUUUCCUUAUAAUUUUAAUAGAAAGCAAAAACUGCUCAUUAUUUAACAAAUAUAUUUCUGGCUUUGAUUCAGUGUCAGGUUGUAAUUUCCUCGGAUGAAUAGAUGUUUUGGAAGAGCCAAGACUGAUAAGGAACUACAUGAAAAUAUUGUUAAUAUUUAGCAAAUGGCUGACAAUAUAAAAGAGCACAAAUUAGCUAAGCUCCUGUGGGUCAGCUUCACCUGUAGUGCUCUGUUGCCAAUUAAAUUAAUAGGAAAACCCGAGUGGAGCAAAAAGGAAGUUAGGAAAUCAGCAGGGAGCUGUGAAAUGAACUGAAAACAAAGAAGCUGCACAGUUUCCUAUUCCCUUCCCUCGUUUUCUUGCCUCCUAACUGCCAAUUAGACUCAUCACAUCAUAGUUUUAAUUCCUGUUAUUCAAAGUUCACAACAGCUCAUUCACACAAACACACAAAUCUGCCUGAUUACCGUGUAUGAAAACGCUUAAAUGAUCCGAAUGUUGCAGAGUCAUGUUGGAAACCUCCCUGCGUCCCUCUUUCCUUCACUGCUCACAGUUUAUUUCCUGUACGCUGCCCCUUUCAAUCAGUGUCCACAGCUUAACAGUGGUUCCCUCCUGAAUGCGGCCUCAAGUAUUAGAUUUCAUUUAGAUCUCAUUUACAACACAGAUGGAACAGGGCGAGCAGCUCCCCAUGCAGCCAUGUGAUUACUGAUGGCUUUCAGUGGGAGGAUACUCAUUUAGCCGCCCUGUUGGCUCAGGUUUCUGCAUCUGAUGAUCGGGUCAGGCCAUUAGUGGAGAAAAUCAGGAGCCUUUUCUUUAAUGGGGUUUAUUGUAGUAAUUACCAUGUCUUUAAGGGACACUGUGUUUUGGGUACUUCAGGUCAGGUGGAGCAGUUGCAAGACACUCAACUCUUUCAGUGACAUUUGUAAAAACAGCUGUGUUUUAUGUCGUGAAGUUUUUGAGUUUCAAAAUGAUAAAAAAGAUAUUCAUAUUUUGGAUUCAAAGCUUUCAAACGUUGUGCAAAUCUAUGUUGUGUGACUCCUGUUUUGAAACCCUAUAUUGAAAACACUGGUGCACAUCCAAGCAUCUUGUUCUACUUCAGAGACCGUCGUCAAAAAAAAGAAGACAAGAAGAAGAAGCUAAUUAACGCCAGGUGUGCACGCUGAUUGCCCAGGUGCAUCAAUUAAAUUAAUGAUGUCACAGCUCUAAAGUACUGCACAUAACAACACACAACAACACAAUGUUGUCUGUAGAUGUUCCUGAUAGAGAUGUAAAAAAUACUUUAUAUAUUGACUCUACAAAACAGUAUAAAAAUGUGUCAAUAUGUGACUUGGAAAUAAAAUUUGAACACAGUAUCAAUUAAAUAUCAAAUUCUUCUUUUUAUUUGCAUACUGUCAUACGCAAGUGGGUCUCAUUUAAUUCAACCUGCAGCCUCUGAUAGUGGAAAAAAAGGAUGAUGAGGCAGUUCUUUAAGUGUCCACUUGAGGCUUCAAAAGCCAAGGAAGUCCCAUUAAUGCCCACGCCUAAAUGCCCGUCUUUAGAGCAGGAAUAAAUGUCUUUACAGUCUGGUACAAAAAGUCUAGAUAGCUCAUUUAUUGACUCUUACACACUGUACAUUUUUGUGUAACAAGUUUGAAGAUAUGAAGGUUAAGAGUUUCGCACAAUAAGGCAGAAUUUGAGGCAUAGCUGGCUUGAAUGGCUAAAAGCCCUCUUUUCCUUCUGCUAGAUUGAUUGAAAGUAAGGUUGAGUCAGCUUUUCCAAUAAAGCGACCACCAUUGUUGGGCUUCAAAAUGAAAAGAAAACUGAUUCAACCUGAUUAAAUCUAGGUUGAAAAUGAAUGAAUCAAUGAAUUGGUAAACAGUGUAGGGCUGCAUGGUGGUGAGGUGGAGUUUGAGUGAUUUGACUUUGACUGUCAUGAUAGACUGACAACCAGUCUAAGGUGUACUUGACCACUCGCCCAGUGACAGCUAGUCUUGGUUCCAGCUCCUAGCAACCCCUAAUAGAAGUGGUAAAGAAUUUUCUGAUCCUGCCUAUUUACUAACGUAGAUAUUCUGAUAUUUCUGGCCCCCUAUGUAACCGUAGACCCACAGAAUCAUCCUAAAUUUUCUCUUCAUACUCUGACUCUAGAAUCAACUAUACUUUUAUUUAGCUCUGACAGAAACACAGUUUCAUUUAAUAUGAACUGACAGACACCCACAAAUAAUCGCUCACCCACUCAAGCACACAUAACCCCCCCACACACACACACACACCACACACACACACACCACAUACAUACACUCUAAUAAACAUGAUCAGUAGAUAUCUUCUUGUGCUUGUCAACAUGACAUUCCAUUUCAGAGACACCUCAAGGUGUCUGAGCUUUCUAAUUAUCGAGGAGAAACUGCCUGCUUUUCUGCUCCAAAUGUGGCAGGCACCAACACCCACAGAGACACAACACACAGUAAUACACACAGUUUUCUAAUGUUAGUUGGUGCUCGGCUCAGGAACAUGUCAGAAGGUCAUGAUGUACGUCACACGCCUCCCGCACAAACAUCAUGCCGAGAGUGUGAGCCAAUAAUUAUGUUUGUGACAGGCAGUGAAAGACAGUGAGCAUGUGUGCGAGGCGAUUAGUCGAGCCACACUUUAGAACCGGUUUUGCAAGGAUGCUCCACGGUCUGCUGUUUGUGUCUCCAAAGCCACGUUCCUAUGUCAGUAAUCGCCGGAGUAUCAGCACCCUGACCUUUCAGCUGCAUGCUCAGUUACAGAGCGGUCAAAGCAUUUAACCUGAGCUCCACUGCUGCAUGGACCUCAUUAGACUGGCCGACAGUGCAUACCAGAGGAGGCCAUCUCUAAAACCAGGUGUCAGCCAGUCAUUACUCUGCUGUCUGACCCACAGAGCAGCUGGAAAUAUUCCGGCGUCGAGUGGAAAAACUGAAAAUGUCUGCCCAUGCCAUCAGGCCAUGAACACAAUAGUUCCUCAUCAGCAUCAUUUGUGUAGAGACAGCAAAUAAUGCUGUCUGUCUGCUCUUCAGCCUCAUUAAUCGAGUGACUACAGCGGGCGUGUCUGGCCGCAUGUCUGUCUCAUGAAUGCAGGCAUGCAGCGAACUGUCUGGUGGAUUGUGAUCUUGAACAUCGACUAGACAUCAACACUCAGUGUGCAGCCCUCAGCAAAAGGAAGCCAUCUAUUUUUGGAACAGCACCAGGUGUACAUGAAGCCAAGUUUACAGUAUGCAGUGUGUCUGCGAGUUAAAGUAUGUUAUGGUGCGGCUGGGAAUGUGUCACUUUAUUAGAACAAUAAGAGCUCUGUGAUAACAGCUGCAGCAAACUGCAAUGGCUCUGUUGUCUCUGCACCAGACUUGCCAUGUUGUAGUGGGAGUAAUGCUUUGUGUUGUAUGAUGCCUUUGUUCAGAGUCUGUUCCAUUUAAAACAUUAGUCACGAGUAAGUAUUAAAAUGUUCUGUCCAAGUCUGAGAACAACAACAACGCAGGAACAACUCUAUAUUUAAAUGUUUUGUUCUGCAUCACUUGUAUUAAAUAUUGCUGAUUAAAAUUUCUUAGUCAAUCAAGUUGGCACCUUGUGCUGUCAAGUCUCUUAUUUCAAAAGACCACUUAUUCAAAUAUACAGAAAUAUGCAAGAGACAGAGGUGCAAGUAUACAGUAAAGUUUGGAAAAGCAAAAAAAGAAAAAAGUGUUUGAUCACACAUGAGCGUAUUCAAAAGACUUUUAAUGCAUCCAGCUUAUAACAAUGUUCAUAAAAUGCUAUAAGCAUAGACUGUAUGGACAACUUGGUUCUGCCUUCCGCCUGUAUAUGGAUUUGAUGCCAAAAAGCUCUCAGUAUUUCCACGAUUUUUCUCCACUUCCUGAAACCAACAUUGUGCAGUAGCGUUAUACGCACUCCACCACUUGUGCAGUAGUUUCGUACACAUUUGGCAGGAGAGUUGCCAAGAGUCGCCGUGCUGAUGCUCGGCUCAAACAGUGUAUCCCACAGGUGAGCUACACAAUCUUCGUACGCUCAUAGGCUGUAUCAGGUGUCAAUCAUAGAAAACAUGAACUCCCUAAUAACUUAUAAAAACUGAGCUGUACAGAAAAAAAGAGGACUUGAGCACAAACCAGUCUUACAAUAGCUUCAUUGUUGUCUAUAUCGCAACCAGGGGGGUGAAAAAUUUAUAUUCUGUGUAAUAAAUUUCUAAAGUUUGUCCACAGCUCCUUAAGGAUGGCGGAAGAGGCGUGAUUUAUGACCUAUACUGCAGCCUGUCACCAGAGGGUGCUGUUCUCAGGGUGGCUUCACCCUGUGAGGAGGCAGACGACGUCUAUUCCAUAUACAGUCUAUGGCUAAAAGUAGUGAGCAUUGUGCCUCAUAAAGAUGCAGUUUAUAAUUCAUUAUACCUUCAUGCAAAAGACAAAAUAGCGUCUUUUAAAUUUUGGGUUUAAUAACUCAUUAAAACCCUCACUACUUAAGUGGGUUAUAAAGGAUCAUAAAAAACUCCCUUGUUAAGAAAAAAAGAUAAAAAUUCUAUGAUUCUCAAUUUAGAAAACGUCUUAUUCAUACUCACAUAAUACACAUAAAUUUGAUUUUGAGUGUUUUAAGUAAAGCGACAACACUGCAUGAGGUUCUUAACAGUUUAAUGUUUCUGUAACACACUUAAGAGACUUUAUAAGCAGUAUUUUUGUGUCUGUAAGUGACACGUCAGACAAAAAUACUUAACAACUAAACACUUUAACAAUUUUACCUCAUAAUACCUCAUGAACAUUUCUAUAAGCUGUUUUUAAUGCUCAUCAUCACUCAGGGUUGUUUAAAAGCUUUAUAGAUGCAUUUAUAAGGCUUUACACAUGUGUUCAUAAUGCAUUAUAAGAAGUGGGUUACCAAAUGUUUUAGUUGGCUGUGUUGACCUUACAAAAUGCAUAUGAAAAAACUCAGAAUCUGUUUUUGCUCAUUACUGUUUGUUUCAAAUGACACAAUAUCCCGCCUGCAGGACUAUAGAGGUUGUGUGGUUACACUAAAUACCAGCAAAGCUAACCUUAUCUUGCUGCACACAGCGAUGCUGAUAUCCUACACCACUACUCUUCCUCCUGUGCAAUAUUGCUCGGACAAAUAUCUUGCAGUGAAACAACACUGCUGGUACUGUAAUGAAGGGAUGUACAGACAUUAAUGUUUUCUAACUCUCCAUGCUUCUUUUUCUCUGUGUCUACUUUUUUCAGAUGAGUAUAACCCUUUCGUUCCCAAGCUGGAGAAGAGCGUCAGCGGAAGCAGCCCGUCCAGGGAUCGCCUUCUCCUCACAGUGACGAUGCUCCUUCUGGCGGCUCUCUUCAUCUCCUAGCAACGGCCAUCCCAUCGGCAUUACCAUGCCAACUAGCCUUGGGAGGGUGUGCAGUAUCAGCGGGUGGGAGAGUGAAGGGAGAGCUUGGGAGAGAGGGGUUCUGGAGGAGAGCUACAGAUACCACAAAUGGAGUGGAAGUCAAGAGGAGCGAGAAAUGAGAGUUUCUAGGCAUCACAGUGUGACUGUGAGCGUGUGAGAGAGAGAGAGACUGUGUGUGUGUUCGUGUGUGUGUGUGUGUGUGUGUGUGUGUGUCAAAGGCUGUGAGUUUGGUAAGGUUAAGAGACCUCCAGGCACUGGGUGACACAAGAUGAACUUUUGUUCAACUGCAGUCAGCCCGUACACACAGAUGCAGGUGUGGUAGUCUGUGUGAGAGUGUGUCUGUGUCUGUGUGUGUUUGUGUGUCUGAACAGGCCACAGGCUGAGCAUGUUGAAUCAUGCUCACCUCACAAAGCAUUUCUAAAACAGGAGAGGCGGGGCUGAUACCCUUAUUAAAAGAAGAUAAGCAUCAAAUCAACCCACCGUUUGAAAACCAUUUGAGGACUUUCUCCUGGAUAUGAUUGGCUGAAACACUUCUUAGGGCUAGUUGCCAUAGUUCCUAUUUGCAACAAGACAUAAACUGAACUCAAAUGAACUGACGCAAAUAGAUUUCAGCAGAACUGAACUUUAAAAUGCCUUUUUUGUUGUCAAUGUUGUCGAUCUUGAUCCUGGGAACUUGUCCUGGUCCACGGAGGAGAAAAAAAAAAGGUACCAGCUCAAGAUCUGCACUGGUCCUGUGUAGGAGACUAGUCAAAGUAGCUUAUAGUUCAAAAACACAACCUGGAACUCCAGUGCAGGUGUUUUAGUUGCCAUCUUGUUUUCAACAUCACUUCUCUAAUGAAGGACACUAGGCUAGGUGGGGUUUGGGGGGGAGAAUACAGAGCAUUUAAACCAUGAUACAUUCACUUUAAUAAAAAUUGUAUUGGGGGAAGAAAGAGGAGGAGUUUGUUGUAGAUGUGCCAUUGACAGACUCUGUAAGGGUUUAUUGAUGUGAUAAGUUGCUGUGUUUCUUUUUUGUCCUGGACCGGGUUGGUCCUCAAUCAUCUCCUUGGUUAACGGAGCACACAAACAGCUACGAAGCAGCCAUGGAUACCCGCGGCUUUGCUGUCCUCCUCUUAAAGGACUGCAAGCUGUUUGAAGAAAAAGAGGAAGGAGGGAGGACAGUCACCCGCACAAAGCAUCUACAUUAUAUCCGGGACAAAAGCAAGCUCAAAUCUCAUUUAUCAGAUGCCACAUGUUAACAUUUUCAGUUUCUGUACAAAUGUGUGCUUGCAGGACAAAACAUAAGUCUGAGUGAGUCAUGUGUAUGAGUGUUUAAGAGAGACAGAGACUAUUUUAAAUGGUACUAACAGCCUGAUAUACAUCCACAUACUGUACAUCUUCUAAGUAUAAAAAUGCAAAAUAAAAAAAAAAUCAAAACACAACUAAAGCAACAAAGUAAUACAUACAAACCAAGUGCUUUGGUGGGGAGGUAUGGCAGUCCAAAACUCGAACAACUGUACCAGUGGUUGCAUCAGAAUAGCGUUUCCAUAGCAACUAGCACCUUAUUCACCAUGGUUACCCCACCCUGCCAGUUAUGGACUGUAGUCAGGCAUGGCUUACUGUAGUAACCAAUAACAAUGAUGAAGGGUAUAGUGGUCAUAUAGAUGAGGAGGAUAGUGAUAGACUGCAAACCAGGUCACGCUGCCGAUCACCCACCGGCAUGAGAGAUGUUCAAGUACUCAUGUAAAUGUCAGUAACGGACAAAGACUGGAUUUACAAUGUGUUGAAAUUUGCCAAGGUGGAAUGUGAUGUAAGCAUUUUUACAAACUUGAAGCUCAGUUUCCUUUUUUUUUAUCAUUGUUGCGUUGAGUUUACCAUGGUGUAUUUUUGGUCAGCUUAAGGGGAAAUACGGGGUUAAAAGUUAGAAAACUGGGCGGGUUAAGCCAUAUGUAAACUUGGGUUUCAGUGUGUUCAUCUCAAAAAAGGGAGAAUGAUCAACUUCAAGGUUUGGUUACCUUAUAGAGUAUGUUAACCUUUGUUCAACACUGACACACAUUCAUAUAUCUGUGGUUCCCUUAUUUUUGGCUUUGCAACUCCUUUGAGAGUCAUUCAACCAGCUAUUCAUAAAAAAUGAAUGAACUCAAUCUUCGGUUUAGUGCUGAUUAGAUUAAGAAAAGUUGCAUAUGUCUUAAAAAAACAAUUCAAUCAGGAUCACUUUGUCAAAAUUCUGCUUGAUCGUGCAAAGUUAAAUCUACCGGUAUAGUUCUGUUCUGGGUCCCUGCCCUUCCACGCGCUUGUGCAGAAGCCAGAGGCAGGAAGAGCCCUACCUGCCCUUCUUAAGCCAUCAUGAAAAGGCGAUAGCAGGGAGCACACGCAAGGUUCUGUUCAGGGCCCCCCGAACAGAACCUCACGUAAGAGGCCAGCAGCAGGAACAACGGGGGGUAGAGCAGUGAUGAACAGAACUUCCCCGGAACAGGAGCACUUCAAGGGUAGUGGAGCAGUUUAGCCGGCACAAGGGUGGAGCUGGGUUGCUGGUUGGCUGUCGAAGCAGAGGAAGAGGCUGAGUUAGGGCCGUUUUAAAUAGGGCGCUCUAAAGGCAUAGGACCAAUAGGAGCUAGGAGGAAAUAGCUGGGCCAUCAGCUGGUUAAGGUGGCUACUUGCCAUUGGCUGCGGAUCAGCGCUUGACGUUGUGACCUGCCAGAACUAACGCUAUGCUUUAUUUAGUCAUUUUUGAUUUGACUUUAUUCUGAACUUUCUUAAUUUAAACACAUCAUUCAGUCUUUGAGCUUAAAGAGAAGAAACGUUCAUGCAGAGAUGGUCUUGCUUAAGAUUUAUGCGGUUUUAUUCUGGGUUAAUUUGAUCAAGUGUUUCUGGAACUUAACUUAAAGUAGAAUUAUGUCCCACGCUGAAGUACCAAUUUAAAGUAAAAGUUUGUGGAUUUUCUCUUUCUGUCUAAGUUAGGUCAGAUGAGGUCUCGGCCUAAAAUUGUUGCUGAUGUUUUUCUUUUCUUAAAAGUCCAGGAUGAAAUUGGAGCAGCUGAAAAUCUGAUAUCCUUCUUGCCAUUAGUACCAUCAACAGCUCUCCGCUUACCACUUUCUGCUAGUGUAGCACAUUUUGUUUAGCUUUCUAUCAUUUUGGUAGAUUCCAUUUACCAUCAGCAGUGAUUGAACAAUCAAAUAAAUUGUGUCAAAACUGGGGCAGCAGUUUUUUAGUUUUAACUCCCUAGUUUCCUCUUCUGUUCUCUUUUCUGUUUCUAAAUUAAGGCAUUAAAAGGCAGAUUAAAAAAUUGGCAGAACUUCUUCAACUCUCUGGUUUGGUCAGCUAUUUACUAUUUCAAGAAUAAGAGGAAAAGUUGAAGCUGAUUUUGCAUUAGAGUAGACGUAUUGUAUCACACAUGGGUUGGGAACCACAAAUAUAUAAUUUUGUUGUGUUUUUGUUUCAAAAGGUGUGUGUCAGUGAAAGUAUUUCCUCAACAAAACUUGAAAUAGAGAGAGUCGCAUUUAUGGAAUCCAACAAGGAUUUUUAUUGUUCAGCAGCACCGUGCAUUAGUGCAUUAUGACAGCAGGUGGAAGAACCCAGGCGUAUAUAUGGCUCUCAGUGGGAGGGCAGGGUCAGAGGGGUUGAAGAGCUGUGCAAGAGGGAAAAUCACUCUUCAAGAAGUUGCACUUAUGAAUUUAGACACGAGAGCAAGAGAGAGAGAGAGUGUGUGUGUGUGUGAUAAAGUUUGUAUGUGUGAGAGAGAGAGAGAGAGAGAGGGAGGAUGACUCAGAGCUCAUAUCUGUUAAUCACUUCAUGUCUGCGUACAGGAGUUUUAGCAUGAGAUGCUGUCUGUCUCUGUGUGCUGGUGUCAGUGUGUUAAUGUGUGAGUGAGCAGCUCUUACGGUGUGAGUGUGUGUGUGUGUGUGUGUGUGUGUGUGUGUGUGUGUGUGUGUGUCUGCGAGAGAGCGUGAAUGAGUGUUGUCUGGCAAAACAAAAAAAGCAUUUAUUAGUGUUGGAAACAACGAUUACAAUCAUGUUUACCUUCGACUGGAAUGACUUUAAAUGAACUUGAAAAUAAACUGUAAACUGAACAAACCAUAACAGAGGUUAUAACAAUGAUCAUGAUAACAAAAUAAUAAGCUUACAAAUCUUACUUUUAACAA